AUGAAUAGGGAGAGAGGACAGAGAGAGGACAGAGAGAGGACAGAAAGAGGUGGGAAGGAGGAGAAAGUGAAAAGAGGGACUGAGAGGUGGCUGAAGGAGAGGAAGGUCCAGAGAGAGGGCAGAGUGUGUUUUAUAUUGUCCAGGGUGUGAGGACUGGGCUGUUGGUGAAUGUAGCCUACGUACACUGACAGCCAUGAUGGAGCCAUGUGGUCAGCCAGCCGGGUGUCCAUGCAGCCGCCCUGCAGCGCUACAGACUGAGGAGGAGAGGAGCUCCCUGGCUCCUGUCCCUGCAUGGUGAGGUCAGCAGCCCAGUGACCUGACCUCAAUCAGACCAGAUUAGAGAUCAGAUCAGAUCCCCGGCACGGCGCAGUGCACCUCUGACCUUGGAGCAGCCACCAAUUAGACUCAGAACAUGCCAUCAGAACAGAACACCCUGUCCAGGAGGACAAGGAGAGAGUGUGAAGGAGCAGGUAGAGCCAAGAUCCCUGUCCGUACAAUGUCCAUACAAUACCACAUCAGAGCUAAGCCACUCGCAGUGGUGGAAAAGUACUCAAUUGUCACACUUGAGUAAAAGUAAAGAUACCUUAAUAGAAAAUGACUCUAGUGAAAGUCACCCAGUAAAAUACUAGUUGAGUAAAAGUCUAAAAGUAUUUAGUUUUUAAUAUACUUAAGUAUCAAAAGUAAAUAUAAUUGCUAAAAUAUACUUAUGUAUCAAAAGUAGAAGUAUCAAUCAUUUCUUAUUCCUUAUAUUAAGCCAACCAGACGGCACAAUUUUCUUGUUUUUUAAAUUUACGGAUAGCCAGGGGCACACUCCAACACUCAGACAUAAUUUACAAAUAAAGCAUUUGUCUUUAGUGAGUCCGCCAGAUCAGAGGCAGUAGGGAUGACCAGGGAUAUUCUCUUGAUAAGUGUGUGAAUUGGACCAUUUCCCUGUGCUACUAAGCAUUCAAAAUGUAACGAGUACUUUUAGGUUUCAGGGAAAAUGUAUGGAGUAAAAAGUACAUUAUUUUCUUUAGGAAUGUAGUGAAAAAAAGUCAAAGUUGUCAAAAAUAUAAUUCAACGUCAAAUAGACAUUGAAUUGACGUCUGUGCCCAGUGGGAAGCCACGUGGCCAGAAUUAUCCCAUCCAUAGUCUCUCUAUUGAACUGGGAAACACAGUCUAAGUCACCAGAACCAGAACCCCCUCCCCUUAAAAAGGAGGAUACACAUUCUCAUCUAUAAGUCGUGCCUUAUUUAGCAUUCUAAGUAUGAGAGUCGGGAGAAAUUUGAUUUAGUUCGGGGCAAAGUGAGGGUGAUUGUGUGUUUCUGGAGAACGGUGGAAGAGUACUCGGUGUAUAAGAGUACUGUAUGUUUGGAGGAUCUGUUACAGACUAACAUUGAUAGAAGAACAGGGACAGAAUAUCUCUGAGUGCUGUGAAAUCAAAAGCCAGAUGGUCGAGAAGGAGUCCGAGGCAAGGAGAGAGAAAUACCAAUAGAAAGGAGAGCGAGAUAGGAGAGAGAAAGACAUUAGAUUUUCUUUCGUUUUGAUUUUCUGCUGCAGUCUGCUGAGCCCCUGUCUUCUCUCUAGCAUCCACUCUUCCUGCUCUUCAGUCUGUCAUAACACAAUAACAGAGGUCUGACAGCUUAAAAGACACUGGAGGAGCAUGGAGGUGCUUGGGGAGACAAUUGCUGCAGAACACAGGCAGCUCAGCGGCUAGAGAGAAAUACAAUUUUGUCUCGCUCAAGAUGGAUUCCACUGUGAGAUUGCAGGGUACCAAAGACAGAAUCAAAAUGGAGAACUCUAAAGGAAAAAAAUAAAGGAUUUCUAGACAUAAUUGCUGUUGGCCUAUGUUGGUGAUAUCAAAUACUCACAAUUUUAUAUUUUCAAUUUGAUUGCACAAUGUAUCGUGAAAAUAUUGAAGAAGUAAAUCAUACAUAUCAUUUAUAAUAUCAAUAUGAAAGAGAUAUAAUUUUGCUUCAGGGGUUAUUAUUGAUGUAUCUGAUCUCCUCAAACUUUAAAAAAACGCCUGGCAAUGAUAAGGAUAUGUGCACACACACACAAACACACACACACACACCUCCCUCUCUCCCUCUUCGGAUCUCACUUCUGGUUGCCCAUCUCACCCAACUGCAUUUAAACCAGGAACUAGAAACUCCUUCAGGAUAUCAAAUCCAUGGACUCUGGUGUCUAUUCUAACUAGGUCAACGCUUACAAUAGCUGCAGACUCUUUCUCCCUCUCCUCUCUCUUGUUAUUUUCACUGCCUUUCACUACCACUCAGUGCAUUUGGAAAGUAUUCAGACCCCUUGACUUUUUCCACAUUUUUUAAAACGUUACAGCCUUAUUCUAAAAUGGAUUAAAUUGUUUCUAUCGAGUCUAAUAGAAAAGGGUCUGAAUACUUAUGUAAAUAAGGUAUUUCCUUUUUUUUUUUUUUAUACAUUUGCUAAAAUCUCUAAAAACUGCUUUGCUUUGUCAUUAUGGUAUAUUGUGUGUAGAUUGAUUAUAUUUUUUUAUUUAAUCCAUUUUAGAAUACGGCUGUAACGUAACAAAAUGUGGAAAAAGUCAAGGGUCAGAAUACUUUCUGAAGGCACUGUAUUUAUAAUUAUUUAUUUGUAUAAAAAUAGCUGUCGAAUGAAUGAUUAAAUAUGCCCAUAUUAAAUGCAGGUUAAAAAUUUCUUUAUCCAAUUGUAUUUUUUACCAAUUGAUAACUUUGUCAAAAAAACACAGGUACUGUUCCUAUGCUUGACUUGUCAUUGAUUCUCUAUACAUUUCAGGCCAUAUUGGGCCUGUAAGCAUGACGUUUUACAGUCUAUUUUGAUCAGGCUUUAUCUAAAGACAUCCUCCUCGUUGUCAGAGACAAGGCGCAGCCCUGAUACUGUAGCUGGUUUUAACUGAAGCUGCCCCUGGCUGGUGUACCUUGGGGCCUAAAUGCUCACUAAGCUGUCUCUGUCUUAGCAUGCUCGCCACAGCACAGUGAAGACAAUCUCCUGUAAAUUGCUUUUUCGAUCAGUUUUGACAUCAAUCUGCUCUCCUGGGGAUAACGCAUGCAUAUGAUUGCGAGAGGAAGGUAUCAUUCCUUAUGAAUGUUGACAACCCCACUCAGUCGGGUUUGAUCCCCAGAAUUAACAUAAUAUUACUGCACAGAUUGAACUUCUAGUGACACCCAAAGAGGAUUUGGUUGCUGUAGCAGAGGUUCAGACCAUAUAGAUAACUGGAGCUAGGGCGGGCAGAGGUCAAAUGUAAAGGUUAUCACAGGUGAAAGGUCUUGGUAUGAUAUGUUUAAGGAUAUACGCUACAUGACCAAAAGCAUGUGGACACCUGCUCGUGGAACAUCUCAUUCCAAAAUCAUGGGCAUUAAUAUGGAGUUUGUCCCCCCUUUGCUGCAACAGUGCCUUGCAAAAGUAUUCAUCCCCCUUGGCGUUUUUCCUAUUUUGUUGCAUUACAACCUGUAAUUUAAAUUGAUUUUUAUUUGGAUUUCAUGUAAUGGACAUACACAAAAUAGUCCAAAUUGGUGAAGUGAAAUGAAAAAAAAUAACUUGUUUAAAAAAAAAAAAUAACGGAAAAUUGGUGUGUGCAUAUGUAUUCACCCCCUUUCCUAUGAAGCCCCUAAAUAAGAUCUGGUGCAACCAAUUACCUUCAGAAGUCACAUAAUUAGUUAAAUAAAGUCCACCUGUGUGCAAUCUAAGUGUCACAUGAUCUCAGUAUAUAUACACCUGUUCUGAAAGGCCCCAGAGUCUGCAACACCACUAAGCAAGGGGCACCACCAAGCAAGCUGCACCAUGAAGACCAAUGAGCUCUCCAAACAGGUCAGGGACAAAGUUGUGGAGAAGUACAGAUCAGGGUUGGGUUAUAAAAAAAUAUCAGAAACUUUGAACAUCCCACAGAGCACCAUUAAAUCCAUUAUUAAAAAAUGGAAAGAAUAUGGCACCACAACAAACCUGCCAAGAGAGGGCCGCCCACCGAAACUCACGGACCAGGCAAGGAGGGCAUUAAUCAGAGAGGCAACAAAAAGACCAAAGAUAACCCUGAAGGAGCUGCAAAGCUCCACAGCGGAGAUUGGAGUAUCUGUCCAUAGGACUACUUUAAGCCGUACACUCCACAGAGCUGGGCUUUACGGAAGAGUGGCCAGAAAAAAGCCAUUGCUUAAAGAAAAAAAUAAGCAAACACGUUUGGUGUUCGCCAAAAGGCAUGUGGGAGACUCCCCAAACAUAUGGAAGAAGGUACUCUGGUCAGAUGAGACUAAAAUUGAGCUUUUUGGCCAUCAAGGAAAACGCUAUGUCUGGCGCAAACCCAACACCUCUCAUCACCCCGAGAACACCAUCGGCAGGGACUGGGAAACUGGUCAGAAUUGAAGGAAUGAUUGAUGGCGCUAAAUACAGGGAAAUACUUGAGGGAAACCUGUUUCAGUCUUCCAGAGAUUUGAGACUGGGACGGAGGUUCACUUUCCAGCAGGACAAUGACCCUAAGCAUACUGCGUGGUUUAAGGGGAAACAUUUAAAUGUCUUGGAAUGGCCUAGUCAAUGCCCAGACCUCAAUCCAAUUGAGAAUUUGUGGUAUGACUUAAAGAUUGCUGUACACCAGCGGAACCCAUCCAACUUGAAGGAGCGUGAGCAUUUUUGCCUUGAAGAAUGGGCAAAAAUCCCAAUGGCUAGAUGUGCCAAGCUUAUAGAGACAUACCCCAAGAGACUUGCAGCUGUAAUUGCGUAAAAGGUGGCUCUACAAAGUAUUGACUUUGGGGGGGGGGGGGGGGGGGGGGGGUGAAUAGUUAUGCACGUUUUCUGUUUUUCUGUCUUAUUUCUUGUUUGUUUCACAAUAAAACAUAUUUUGCAUCUUCAGGGUGGUAGGCAUGUUGUGUAAAUCAAAUGAUACAAACCCCCCAAAAAUCCAUUUUAAUUCCAGGUUGUAAGGCAACAAAAUAGGAAAAAUGCCAAGGGGGGUGAAUACUUUCGCAAGUCACUGUAUAACAGCUUCCACUCUUCUGGGAAGGCUUUCCACUAGAUGUUGGAACAUUGCUGCAGGGACUUUCUUCCAUUCAGCCACAAGCACAUUAGUGAGGUCGGGCACCGAUGUUGGGCAAUUAGGCCUGGUUCGCAGACGGCGUUCCAUUUCAUCCCAAAGGUGUUCGAUGGGGUUGAGAUCAGUGCUCUGUGCAGGCUAGUCAAGUUCUUCCACACCGAUCUCGACAAACCAUUUGUCUAUGGAUCUAGCUUUGUGUACGUGGGUAUUGUCAUGUUGAAACAGGAAAGGGCCUUCCCCAAACUGUUGCCACAAAGUUGGAAGCACAGAAUCGUCUAGAAUGUCAUUAUAUGCUGUAGCUUUAAGAUUUUCCAUCACUAGAACUAACGGGCCUAGCCCGAACCAUGAAAAACAGCCCCAGACCAUUAUUCCUCCUCCACCAAACUUUACAGUUGGCACUAUGCAUUGGGGCAGGUAGCGUUCUCCUGGCAUCUUCCAAACCCAGAUUCGUCCAUCGGACUGCCAGAUGGUGAAGCGUGAUUCCUCUGCUCCAGAGUCCAAUGACGGCGAGCUUUUCACCACUCCAGCCGACGCUUGGCAUUGCGCAUGGUGAUCUUAGGCUUGUGUGCGGCUGCUCAGCCAUGGAAACCCAUUUCAUGAAGCUCCUGACUAACAGUUGUUGUGCUGAUGUUGCUUCCAGAGGCAGUUUGCCACUGAGGACAGAUGAUUUCUACGCGCUACGUGCUUCAGCACUCGGCGGUCCCGUUCUGUGAGCUUGUGUGGCCUACCACUUUGUGGCUGAGCCGUUGUUGCUCCUAGCGGUUUCCACUUCACAAUAACAGCACUUACAGUUGACCAGGGCAACUCUAGCAGGGCAGAAAUUUGACGAACUGACUUGUUGGAAAGGUGGCAUCCUAUGACAGUGCCACGGUGAAAGUCACUGAGCUCUUCAGUACGGCCAUUCUACUGCCAAUGUUUGUGUUGGAUGGGGAGCGUCGCUGCACAGCUAUUUUCAGGUCUCUCCUGUCACGCCCUGGCUCUGGGGACUCUUGUAUGUUGAGCCAGGGUGUUAGUUUCUUUGUGUAGUGUCUAUGUUUCGUUUUCUAUGUUCUGUUCUAGGUUAUGUGUUUCUAUGUUGGCCGGGGUGGUUCUCAAUCAGAGGCAACGUGAAUCAGCUGUUGCUUGUUGUCUCUGAUUGGGAACCAUACUUAGGCAGCCUGUUGUGCACUUGUGUUUUGUGGGAUCUUGUUCCGUGUUGGUUUGUGUUGUUAACCGAGGACUUCACGUUUCGUUUGGUUGUUUUGUAUUUUGUAUCGUGUUGCCAGUACACUAUUAAAAAGAUGUACGCAUAUCACGCUGCGCCUUGGUCCAAUCAUUAUGACGAUCGUGACAUCUCCAGAGAUGUUCGAUCCUGUUCAAGUCCGGGCUCUGGCUGGGCCACUCAAGGAAAUUCUGAGACUUGUCCCGAAGCCACUCCUGCGUUGUCUUGGCUGUAUGUUUAGGGUCAUUGUCCUGUUUGAUGGUGAACCUUCGCCCCAGUCUGAGGUCCUGAGCACUCUGGAGCAGGUUUUCAUCAAGUAUCUCUCUGUACUUUGCUCCCUCAAUCCUGACUAGUCUCCCUGUCCCUGCCGCUGAUAAACAUCCCUGCAGCAUGAUGCUGCCACCACCAUGCUUCACAGUAGGGAUGGUGCCAUGUUUCCUCCAGAUGUAAUGCUUGGCAUUCAGGCCAAAGAGUUCAAUCUUGGUUUCAUCAGACCAUUGAAUCUUUAGGUGCCUUUUACUGAGGAGUGGCUUCCGUCUGGCCACUCUACCAUAAAGGUGUGAUUGGUGGAGUGCUGCGGAUAUGGUUGUUCUUCUGGAAGGUUCUCCCAUCUCCACAGAGGAACUCUGGAGCUCUAUCAGAGUGACCAUUGGGUUCUUGGUCACCUCCCUGACCAAGGCCCUUCUCCCCCGAUUGCUCAGUUUAGCCAGGCGGCCAGUUCUUGGUGGUUCCAAACUUCUUCCAUUUAAGAAUGAUGGAGGCCACUGUGUUCUUGGGGACCUUCAAUGCUACAGAAAUGUUUUGGUACUCUUUCCCAGAUCUGUGCCUCGACACAAUCCUGUCUCAGAGCUCUACAGAUAAUUCCUUCUACCUCAUUGCUUGGUUUUUGCUCUGACAUGCACUGUCAACUGUGGGACCUUAUAUAGACAGGUGUGUGCCUUUCCAAAUGAUGUCCAAUCAAUUGAAUUUACCACAGGUGGACUCCAAUCAAGUUGUAUAAACAUCUCAAGAAUGAUCAAUGGAAACAGGAUGCACCUGAUCUUAAUUUCUAGUCUCAUAGCAAAGGGUCUGAAUACUUAUGUAAAUAAGGUAUUUCUGUUUUUAUUUUUAAUAGCUUUACAAACAUUUCUGCAAACCUGUUUUCUCUUUGUCAUUAUGGGGUAUUGUGUGUAGAUUGAGGAGGAUUGUUAUUUAUUUAAUUCAUUUUAGAAUAAGGCUGUAACGUAACUGUGGAAAAGGGCUCAGAGUACUUUCCGAAUGCAGUAUAGUGUAUACUGUAUAAAAUAGAUCAUUCAGUACUGUUUGUGAAUGCCAUGGAUUAUGCGGGACCGGGUGUCUUUUCCAGCUGGAUGGCGUACUACAGUAGCUUCCUAUUGAGCUGAAUGGCCAGAUGACCUCAUGUAUUUCUUUUAUGUGAAUAACCCCUCCUCUUUUUCUCUCUCUUUUUCUCUUCUAGGACCUAGAUUUCUCAUCACAACCACGGGAGCCUUGUAUAUUCUGGAUGUCCAGAAUGAGGAUGGAUUGUAUAACUACCGCUGCACCACACGGCAUCGCUACACGGGCGAGACCAGGCAAAGCAACAGCGCCCGGCUUUUUGUGUCAGGUCAGUCUAUGCUGUCCUAAAUACCCUAAAUAAUGGUCACCCAGAAACAUCUAGAUUUCUGUACAGUACAUCAUGUUGCAGUAAUACAAAGUCCAUUACACAGUGAAUGCUAUCGUAACACUAUCUCUUCUAAUAGUGAACUCUAUUAUUAUCAUAACAUCUUCUCUCUCUUAUCUUUCAUAAGAUCCCACUAACUCAGAGCCGGGGAUUCUGGAUGGCUUUGACCGCCGCGAGGUCAUGGCGUCCCAUCGGGUAGAGCUGCCCUGUAAGGCGUCAGGCCAUCCCAUGCCCAAGUACCGCUGGCUGAAGGACAACAGCCCCCUGGAGCCCGACACACGUUUUCGCCAGAGUGUCACGGGCUUGCUGAUAGAGAGCGCCCAGCCCACCGACUCUGGCAUCUACGUGUGUGAGGUGUGGAACAGCUAUGGCAACGCUGAGGUGGUGGGCCGGCUGCUGGUCAAACGUGAGUCCAAACACCACAUCACACUCACACAUCAGGAGCUAUCCCAGCCUGGGGCCAUGUUGUUUCUGCAUUAGUUGCUAUAGCUCUAUUUCUUUGAUAAUGUUCACACAACAAAAUAUUUGUUUCACGGUAUAACAAUUUCAUAGGCCACCAGUUUGGUUUGGGAUUUUUGAUGUGUGUUCUGUGUUUUCUCUGGUGUCCAGAGCCCCUGAAGGCGGUGGUCAGCCCACGAAAGGUGAAGGGCAGCGUGGGUAGUAAGGUGUCCUUGCAUUGCAGUGUCAGUGGCUCUGAUGAGUAUGAGCUGUCGUGGUACCGUAACGGAGAGAUCAUCUACCCCGGCAACAAUGUGCGGAUCACAGGCAUCAGCAGGGAGAACCUGAUCAUGGAGGGCAUGGCCAAGAGCGACGGCGGGGCCUACCAAUGUUUUGCCAGGAAUAACAAAAUGUCUGCUCAGGAUUUUGUUCAGGUCAUCUUGGAGGGUGAGAUACAGUAGAGGUUUCUUAUAAAGAUCAAUGUUGCUAUGGCAGUUAUUGGAUAUAUUGGUGUUGUUGUAACAAGACAUUGGUUAGAAUAUAUCACCAUGUGUUUUUUUUUUCAUGUGUACUGUACCACUUGGCAGUUGACUAUAGCAUGAGUGUUUACGGUUUUAUGUUGUGUGCAGGGGCGCAACUUUGGUUUUAGAAGUGGGGGUGACAUAAUUAUUAUAAUAUAUAUAUAUAUAUAUAUACAGUACCAGUCAAAGGUUUGUACAUUGUAGAAUAAUAGUGAAGACAUCAAAACUAUGAAAUAACAUAUGGAAUCAUGUAGUAACCAAAAAAGUGUUAAACAAAUCAAAAUAUAUUUUAGAUUUGAGACUCUUCAAAGUAGCCACCCUUUGCCUUGAUGACAGCUUUGCACACUCUUGGCAUUCUCUCAACCAGCUUCAUGAGGUAGUCACCUGGAAUGCAUUUCAAUUAACAGGUGUGCCUUGUUAAAAGUUAAUUUGUGGAAUUUCUUUCCUUCUUAAUGCGUUUGAGCCAAUCAGUUGUGUUGUGACAAGGUAGGGGUGGUAUACAGAAGAUAGCCCUAUUUGGUAAAAGACCAAGUCCAUAUUAUGGCAAGAACAGCUCAAAUAAGCAAAGAGAAACGACAGUCCAUCAUUACUUUAAGACAUGAAGGUCAGUCAAUCGGAAAAUGUCAAGAACUUUGAAAGUUUCUUCAAGUGCAGUCGCAAAAACCAUCAAGCGCUAUGAUGAAACUGUCUCUCAUGAGGACCGCCACAGGAAAAGAAGACCCAGAGUUACCUCUGCUGCAAAGGAUAAGUUCAUUAGAGUUACCAGCCUCAGAAAUUGCAACCUAAAUAAAUGCUUCUGAGAGUUCAAGUAACAGACACAUCUCAACAUCAACUGUUCAGAGGAGACUACGUGAAUCAGGCCUUCAUGGACGAAUUGCUGCAAAGAAACCACUACUAAAGGACACCAAUAAGAAGAAGAGACUUGCUUGGGACAAGAAACGUGAGCAAUGGACGUUAGACUGGUGGAAAUCUGUCCUUUGGUCUGAUGAGUCCAAAUUGGAGAUUUUGGGUUCCAAUCGCCGUGUCUUUGUGAGACGCAGAGUAGGUGAAUGGAUUAUCUCCGCAUGUGUGGUUCCCACCGUGAAGCAUGUAGAAGGAGGAGGUGUGGGGGUGCUUCGCUGGUGACACUGUCAGUGAUUUAUUUAGAAUUCAAGGCACACUUAACCAGCAUGGCUACCACAGCAUUCUGCAGCGAUACGCCAUCCCAUCUGGUUUGCACUUAGUGGGACUAUCAUUUUGUUUUUCAACAGGACAAUGACCCAACACACCUCCAGGCUGUGUAAGGGCUAUUUGACCAAGAAGGAGAGUGAUGGAGUGCUGCAUCAGAUGACCUGGUCUCCACAAUCACCCGACCUCAACCCAAUUGAGAUUGUUUGGGAUGAGUUGGACCGCAGAGUAAAGGAAAAGCAGCCAACAAGUGCUCAGCAUAUGUGGGAACUCCUUCAAGACUGUCGGAAAAGCAUUCCAGGUGAAGCUGGUUGAGAGAAUGCCAAGAGUGUACAAAGCUGUCAUCAAGGCAAAGGGUGGCUACUUUGAAGAAUCUAAAAUCUAAAAUACAUUUUGAUUUGUUUAACACUGUUUUGGUUACUACAUGAUUCCAUAUGUGUUAUAUCAUAGUAUUGAUGUCUUCACUAUUAUUCUACAAUGUAAAAAAUAGUAAAAAUAAAGGAAGAUCCUUGAAUGAGUAGGUGUGUCCAAACUUUUGACUGGUGUGUGUGUAUAUAUAUACAUUUUUUAUCCAGUCAGACAAACACUCCAGACAGCCUACCCGACCACUUGGAGGCAUCCACAUGGUCCGAAAGCACACCGUUGCCUUGUUUUGUAUCACAUUCCAAUGAUAAAACCCCCCCGUCCUCAGUGGAAGUUGCGCCACUGGUUGUGUGUAUGUUCUGUGUCCAUGUAUGUGUAGUAGCAGCAGCAGUGACUUAGCAGAAAGGGAUUUUGGCCCUGGAUCGAUGCAGGGCCUGUGUUAAUGCGUUGUGUUGUGCUGCUGUUAUUAGGGCUACUGUCCUAGUCAGCUUUAAACUGCUUACCUGAGCCUGGUUGCUUGGGCAACUGUCUCGCGUGGCCACGGAACUGUAUAAGGAGGAUAUUGAUCAUCUAUAAUGAUGUAGAACAUGCCAGGGUUAUCAGAGAGCAACAGCAGGACACUCUAAAAUAAAGCUAUUUUUAUAUUUGGCCAAGACUGCCCCCAAUAAUGGGAGACAAAGAAAAAAGGUAGAUGUACAGCUUUUAGUGACAGAGGAUAGAUAUUAUAUUGCUGCUUUUGUUCAUUAUGAUUUUUUUUGGUUUUGUGUUGCACACAAUUGUCACACUUGUAGGGAAUUAUUUAUAUUUUAUUAUGUGAGCGAUACCUUAGCUGACUCUAAUGUCAGUAUAGAAUACAUGUUUACAGUGUCCAUACAAUACAUGAUGCAGAGAUUUGUCUGUCCAAGCCUUUUCUGUCCAAGCCUCCCACUGUAGUCCUAUUAACCAUUACCCAUGGUAUCCCUCUCUUUCCCCUUUCAGACGGAACUCCGAAGAUUCUGUCCUCCUUCAGUGAGAAGGUGGUCAACCCCAACGAGCCGGUCUUCCUGGUGUGUAACGUCAAAGGCACUCCCCCUCCCUCCUGCACCUGGAACCUGGACGACGACCCGGUCAUCAAGGACAGCCACCACCACCCCGGCCACUACGAGACCCACGAGGGCCACGUGGUCAACCAGCUGAACAUCACCCACACCAAGGAGGUGGACGGAGGGGUGUACCGCUGCACCUGCAGGAACUCGGCCGGGGCGGUCUACCACCAGGCUCGAAUAAACGUAAGAGGUGCUUGUCAGAUCAGCUCCUCCAAAACAACAAAAACAUACACCUAACUCAUGUUUGUUUGGUUUCCAAGUUCAAUACCUGUUUCUUUUAGGUUUUUGUUGUAUUCUCCCUCCUUUGCAAAGUGCCUACAGAUUCCUAACCUUUCUUACUUUCUUUCUUUCUUUCUUCCUUCCUUUCUCUUCCCUCCCUUUAUUCCUCAGUUGCAGCUUUUGGACUCCAUUUAGCUUCCGUUCAUUUUUUCCACUGUUUUUUUAUCCCUGUGUGAAUCUCUCUUGUCACAUCGUCCCUCUAUGCUCUUUGUGUGAUUGUGAUACUGCAGUGAUACUGAUUGUGAUACUUUUACCUUUUCUAUCCUAACACUAUGCUAUUUCUAGUCGCCCAUAUCUUGUUGGCCUGUUUGCAUGUCAGUCACUCAUACUGUCAAUUACAAUGCCAGGUCACAACCACCCAUGUUUUGUUAGUUUGCGUUUAUGUGUAUGUAUGAUCCAUCCAUAACAUAUCUGUUCUAUUGAUUGUGUCUCAUUUGUUGGAUGUAGUAUCUCUCUUCCUGUCUUUAAUAGUAAUCUGAUCCUCUACCCAGAUCACUGUUGCUGAGAUGAUUCCCUUCAGCUGAUUUGCACUCCUGUUCCAUGUGUAGAUGUUUGAACACAAUUGACCAAUUUAUUAUUAUUUUCUUUGUAGGCCUUACUGACAGGCAGGUUUUCAGCCCAGUGUGGUGUAUACUGUAGGUACAACUGUUGAGCGUCACAUAGGUCAACUUUGUACUGCGUGUUUCGAGGCUGGUGGUGGUUUUAUCUUUAGACUGCAAAAGGGAAUAUAGUUCUCUCUCUUGUUUCCUUAGUUCGUUUUUUACUUAUUUUGUGGUUGUUGAAUGUAGAGUUUAUUUAUUCAGAUGAGACAAUUAGUUUCAAGUGGCUCUUGGAUUUGUAAUGCAGAUAAUUAUACAGUGAAUAUUGUCCACUAAAAUGUUCUGUCUUUCAGCUGUCAGCCAACCCUACCUUGUCCUUGUCUAAUAUGGUCCUGAUUUCACAGCCCUCUCUUCAGAGUCUACCAUGAGGUCCUGUGGUAAAAACGAACACAUUUGGGUGUGCUGUCAAUACAUACGGCUUGAUGUUGCUGACUGUCAUGUCACAAUCCCCUCACCCAUAAAUGUGUUUAUAGAGAGCUCUCUCUCCCUCUCUGUAUUUUUAGGUGCUGCCAGCAUUCGUCCAAUGAAAAACAUCACGGCCAUCGCAGGGCGGGACGCGUACGUCCACUGUCGCGUUAUUGGCUACCCGUACUAUUCCAUCAAGUGGUAUAAGAACUCCCACCUGCUCCCCUUCAACCACCGGCAGCGGGCCUUUGAGAACAACGGCACUCUGAAGCUGUCCAACGUGCAGGAGCUGGACCAGGGAGAGUAUAACUGCAGGGUAUUGGUCAAACCUCACCAAGAGACCAAUCAGAGUGUCCAUCUCAGUGUCAAAGGUAGGAAGAGCCUGUCUCCCUAACUCAUGCACUGUGACAGUACACAAUAAACAAGGGAUCUGUUCUCCACACUAGCAUACCACACUUGGGUAAGUGUAAAGGACGUCAUGCUGCUUGCUUAGUGAGUACCACUUUCUCCCAAUUUGGCCCAUACCUGGCGCAAACUCCGGACCUCUGCCUUGCUAGCACACGUGACCACCCUUCUGAAGUGUCUUACCAGUCAGCACCACAUGAAAAGCUAGCUAUUCACUGGCGCAAGUGGGGACACUUCAGGCUGAGGAGUAAGUUUCACACAUUCCCAUGUGAUACAUAAGCAUUCGUGUGUGGACAGUAGAACAUGGCAAAGCUGUAGGCAGAGAUAGGAAGUGACCUUGCAGGUCAUACUCCCAUUGGCCAGGGCCAUCACAUCACAUUGUGCACCAUAAGCUACAGUAACACUGCCUGACAUUCACCACUGCUACGACUGCACUGCUAUGGGAUGUGAGACUAAGCUAGGGUCAUUAGUAUGACUGCACAUACAGUAGCGAUUGAGCUUGAUUACCAGAGGCCCAAGAAUACGUAAUGGGAAUGUUAACGAGUGAUUCCACAUGCCUCAUAUCCAUGUCAUGAAUGAUGCAGCCGCUGCUUAAGACAUUUCCAUGAGAUGAGGCUGGGAUGGGGUGGGGAAAAGGGGGACCACAUGAUAUAAAGCAACACUUCCCCACUACAAGUACGUUAGUUAAUUUGCUCUGCUCAUGCUUAAAAUUCUGAAAGCGGCUGGGGAGAUCCCAGGAGUCCAUUAUCCCUACUUUGUUGUGAAUUAAAUCAGCGCUGAAGUGCUGCUUAUUUCAAUGUUAUUUUAACUCGUUGAUUCUCAAAUGCGGCUGACUUGCGAGAUGGAGAGUCCCCUGAGAAGGUGUGACAGUGGAUUUACUGAGGAGGAUCUCACAUCUAGGUCGUUAUCUAGUCUAGCAUGGGGCCUGAUUCUCCAUUCAUUUGUUUAACAUGGUGGUUUUUCCCUACUUGAGGGUCGUUAGGUUUUCUUUGAUCUUCUCUUUCUAUAAAUACAGAAUCACCCCUUCAAGUGUUUCUGGAAUAGUACACCUGUGCAUUGUACUGUUUGCUCCGACUCAGAGUACAGAAUGUUCGGCUAGACUGAAGGAAUGACUAAGGUGGAAUUACGUGAUGAUUCACUCUCAGUCCUUUUGAGUUCAGAGUCAACGAUUUCCAAUGACCAAAGGGAUUGAUUGAAGUAUGACACACAGGAGAUUGUACCGGUAUAGUGUAUUGUCUCUCAGCCCAAUGUGGUUAUGGUCAUCUCUUCCUCUCCAGUUCCACCGUACAUCCAGCCCUUUGCAUUCCAGCGGUUCUCCAUUGGUCAGCGCGUCUUCAUCCCCUGCGUGGUAAUGUCAGGUGACCAGCCCCUGGACAUCACCUGGCAGAAGGACGGGCGGCCAAUCCCUGCCAGUCUGGGGGUCACCAUUGACAACAUAGAGUUCACCAGCUCGCUGCGGAUCUCCAACCUGUCCCCAGACCACAACGGAAACUACACCUGCAUCGCACGCAACGAGGCUGCAGCCGUUGAGCACCAGAGUCAGCUCAUUGUCAGGGGUGAGAGGAGGCUAACACAUUGUUCCUCUGUCUCUGUCACUGCUUCUAGAUGUAUCUCUCUUAGGCUCCGUCCUCUCACUCCCUAACUCUUACUGUCUUUCUUUCUCUCUCUGUUUCUUUCUCUGCUCCUCUCUCUUUGCUUCUCAUCUGUCUUUAUACUGUGUAUUUCUCUCCACUGCACUCUUUUUCUCAAUCUUAAUCUCUCUCCUACUAUCUUUCUGUCUCAGAAGUACUAGUAAGUCAGUCUGUGUGUGGUUCCCUCUGCUCCUCCAGUUCCUCCCCAGUUUGUGGUGCAGCCCACAGACCAGGAUGGGAUUUAUGGCAAAACUGUGACCCUCAACUGCUCUGCUGAGGGUUAUCCACGCCCCACCCUCGUAUGGAAGCACUCCAAAGGUAAACAGAUACGGAAAUCAAGCAUCAGAAGACUGUCGGUAGCAUUAAUGAAAUGGUUAUACAAACGUAUUAAUGGACAUUGUUUAGGGAUGUAACGGCAGCUGUUUUGGAGGGAGUAACUGUAGUUGUAGUUGAAGGCAUAUGGGUAUUAUCUGUUUCAUCCAUAGCCCAUGUAUGAUGUGGUUCAACAACUGCAGGUGUACACACACACUUUCACAGGUCGCAGGUGUACAGCCACUGUGGGUUGUGAGGUGGGGGAGCUACCAGUGAGGCGUGAGAGAGAAGGUGAACAAAGUGGCACAGCACUUGACCUGGAUAGCUGAAGAGGGGACCCAGGUGUUUGCUGCUUCAUCCAUAACCAGGGAUGAAAGCUUCCCCCAAUGGAGAGACAACAACCAAUCCAACCAAUGCGGUAGCGUGGGGGGCAGUGUGAGGGGCAUCAAAGGCAUUGGUCAGGGCCAGACACAGCAGCCAGGCUUUGAUGGGAUUUGUUUGUGACUUGGGCUCCCUGGGACCAAGAGAAGAUUGGGUUUGAUUUGAGAGAGACGCUCCUCAAUGUCUUAGACCCCCUGGCUGAUUAAUAAGGUCUGACAGAACCUUGGUCCUUCGCCACGGCGAUGGCAGAGUGAAGACUCAGCCAGCACCUUUAUCUGAGAUUUACCUCUAAUUUGUAAGUGCAGGUGUCUGUGUUGCUGUAUGUUGUGGCACUGGAGAUGUUUUUUAUUCUCCCAGUCAGGUGCUAGCGGAGCAGAGCCACAGAGAGAUAGAACAGUGAAGAAGGAAAGGUCAGCUGGUAUUAGCAUAACUGCUAUGCAAAAUCCAUCAUUCAAGAGCACGUCUCUCUCUCUCUCUCUUUCUCUCUCUCUCUUUCUCUCUCUUUCUCUCUCUCUUUCUUUCUCUCUCGCUCUCUCUCUGUCUCUCAUCUACAAGGCAGCAGAGUGGAAAUAGUACUGCCACUUGACCCCUCGCUAACCAGAAGCACUUGAUUGCAUUUUUAAUUAAGGACCAAAACCCACAGCUCACUGAAUGUCCUUAUCUUUACACGCUAACUUUAGCGCAUGCUAAUAUCUGGCCCAGUUCAGACAUACGUUUAAUACUCUAUGAGCGAGCCUGGAUGUGUUGCUGUUACUGUAACAUAGGUAGACCACUUACAGCUCUGAGUGGAUUUCCAUUCCCAGGCAACUCGUUGACCUGAACAUUUUCAGCAUUAGACAUUUCCUACACUACUGAAGUAAUUUAGACCUUUUUGAAUGAGACUGUCCAACAUUACCAGAAACAUGGAUGAUUAUAGAACAUAUAUUUGUUCCCUGAUAUGUGAAAAGUAUAAUGCUGUAUGCUAGUAUGCUGAAGUAUACUUCACCAACAGAGAGAUGUGCCCAACAAUUGAAGAAUAUUUGACCUACAAAAGCAUUUACAUACUAAUACUAAUAUUUGUGUUUCAACAAGACAAAACCGAUGCUUUGGGGAUUAGGUUUUAUUUACCCAAAAAUAUAUGUACAAUUAAUGUUUCAGUCUUUGAUGUUCAGAUUUGUAAAUGUAAAUGCUUACAAGUACAGUGUUGUUCACAAGAUACCAAACAUGGCUUACAGACAGCAAAUCCUGAGAGUCAGUGAAUAGAUAAAUCCUCACAUGUAAAAACAAAGGAAAAUAAAAGUUAUUUGCUGUGUAAAGGAAACUGCUCUGCAUUUCAUUGGCUGAUUCCUUUGUUGGCUGACACAUUGCAGUCUUGUUGUUUUCUUCCUCCGCAAUCUGCUCUGGUGUUGAACAUGGGCACCAUCUCUUUAAUGAUUACCUCAUUUUAGUGGCUACGUUCUCCAUAACAGCUGCUGAGGUUUAGGGGCAGCGUUAAGAUGCAUGUUUACUGUCCUUAAAUCCCUAAAGCUUUGUCACUGAAGCGUUACACACACUGUACAAGUCGAAUAAGGAUGCGCAUCUGUAAAUAGUCUGUACUUUUGAGCAUUAAAAACAAAAACAGUAGUAGCUUUGAGUUUAAAUUAGUAAGAGCAAAUUGUAGAACACCACCCCCAUGUGCUAUUAACCUGACAUUGCUUAUGCCAAAAAUACAAUGGUUCCGAUUUAAGGAUUAGAGUAUGUUGUAGACUUACAGGUCCUUUACAAAUACGUUCAAAAUGUUUAUGAUGGGGAUUUUUGAAAGGUGCUAAACGUGACUCAUGGCCCCGUCCCUCCUGUCUCCUCCCCAGGUAACGGGGUUCCCCAGUUCCAGUCCAUCGCCCUGAACUCUGGCUCCCGUAUCCAGCUGCUGGUCAACGGCUCUCUGCUCAUCAAACACGUGCUGGAGGAGGACAGCGGCUACUACCUGUGUAAGGUCAGCAACGAUGUGGGAGCUGACGUCAGCAAGUCCAUGUACCUCACCGUCAAAAGUAAGACUCCAAAACCACUGUAACGUUUCUUUAUGACUCCUUAUUAGAUUAACUCUGUUUGGGGGGGGGGGGGGGGGGGGGGGUGUAUGUGGUGUGUAUGUGGUGUGUGUGUGUAACCGGGUGUUUUUAUGUUUAGCAGCUAAGGACUUAUGUCCCCUCCAUUACACGCUGAACUCUUCAUUCAAGCGGAGUCUGCCAUGUGGAAAAGAGCUCCACUGUGCUCUCUCUUUCUCUGGCCUGCUCUCUCUUUCUCUGGCCUGCUCUCUCUUUCUCUGGCCUGCUCUCUCUUUCUCUGGCCUGCUUUCUCUAUCUCACUCUUUCUCGUUCUCUCUCUCUCUCUCUCUCUCUCUCUCUCUCUCUCUCUCUGUCUGUCUGUCUUUCUGAUAAUUAUACUGUUGCCCUACUUGUCCUACAUCGCAUUUGAAAUGACAUAUAGCACCUUCAUAAGGUCACCAGUAUGCCAUCUCUCAAUCUGUAUUUCCCUGAAGUCACAGAAAUGUCUUGUACCACCCUAUAUGUUAUCUUCUGGUAUCAGCCCUGUCCCUGGCUGCGUAUUGAUUUGUAUUACAGUGUUCUCCUAUAGCCUUGUAGACAUCAUGUGUAACUCACAAGGGGGAGAGGGCCUUCCUUGCCAGGUAUAUUUAAAUCAGUACCAGCAGCAGCCUAAUGUAACUGUAGCAUCACUAAUCACUUUCUGGUUAUAAAACCAACCUGAGACAGAACCAAGGCCUGGGCCAUGGUCAUUGCUCAGAUGGCCUAUAGGCAGGCUACUGUAGUAACUGUACAUUGAAUCAUCACACAGUUGAAACAGAUACAGUCUGAGUAAUGAGUCAUGACAUACUGAAACAAGGACAUGACAUGGUUUUAUAUUGGAGUCCAGACAGUUUGUGGUGUGUGUCUCUCUGCUGUGUUGAUUGGUUUGGCUGCAGCAUGUGGAGUAUGUUAAUGACCGGGUCACCAGUCUCCUGGCACUGCCAGUCUGGCUUCGCUGUGUGGGGGAAGUAUUAUCAUUUGAUGGUGCACAGAUUUGAGUAGAGCUUAUUUUCUGUUGCUGUUCUUAUCAAGCUGUUGCAGGCUGUUGCAGGCUGUCAAGCUGUUGCAGUAUUAUCUAUGCAUAGUCACUUUAACUCUACCCACAUGUACAUCUUACCUCAAAUACCUUGACUAACCUGUGCCCCCACACAUUGACUCUGUACCGGUACCCCCUGUAUACAGCCUCCCUACUUUUAUUUUACUGCUGCUCUUUAAUUAUUUUUUAGUUUUUAGUUAUCAAUUUUUUACUUAACACUUAUUUUCUUAAAACUGCAUUGUUGGUUAAGGGCUUGUAAGUAAGCAUUUCACUGUAAGGUCUACACCUGUUGUAUUUGGCGCAUGUGACAAAUAAAAUUUGAUUUGAUUUGAUCAGUAACCAUACAUAUUUACAUUUACAUUUACAUUUUAGUCAUUUAGCAGACGCUCUUAUCCAGAGCGACUUACAGGAGCAAUUAGGGUUAAGUGCCUUGCUUAAGGGCACAUCGACAGAUUUUUCACCUAGUCGGCUCGGGGAUUACAACCAGCGACCUUUCGGUUACUGGCACAACGCUCUUACCCACUAAGCUACAUACACAUAGACGUGCACCAUCAAUACACACAGACGUGCACAGACUCUUAAGAUCCAUUCCAUACCUUUGCAUUUCAUAUACUUACUCUGAUUUGUGCAAACAAGCAUGAACAAUCUAUUUAGACAGACAGAGUCUCUGAUCAUGGUGUGGCUAAGACACUGAGAAUAUGCAACAGACAGUGGCUGUAUGCUAGCCAGCAUGGCUACGAUGCCCUGGCCUACCCCACCCAGUGUACUGUACAGUAUGAGCUUGUCAUUGUUCAUGAGGCUAACAUGGAAGUGCUUAUAUAGCACUCUGUGUUUCCAUCAGUACAUUAGCUCACUGGAGGCCAUGGUUGCCAUGCAGCGGCUGGACCUGUGGUGACACUGACUCUCAGCCCUCCUAGAGACAGCACAUUUACACAGCCAAUCAGCAACUGGCCGGGCCCAGGCACCAUUCAUUUUUUCACAUUAGCACACAGGUCAUUGGUCAGCAUGCCAGAAACAGUAGCUAUGCAGUUGGUUAAUGCCUAAUUAUCACUGACAGACAGUUGGCUGUACACCGUAGCCAGGCCCAACAACAGCAAGAUGCUUCCAGACACAAGAAAGUAUCUUCCUCUCCUCUCUGCCUUCUUUUCCCAGGAGGUAUUUUUCUCCUGUUGUCAUCUCAGCGUUCUGUGGCAGUGUGGUGGUGAGUGAAUGUGAGAGAGUAAUUGUGCAGGAGAACAGGGCAUUAGGGUGGCUCCACUCAAGCAGUCAUCCCUGUAGUGUAUGGCCUGUGAGAAGAACGCUGGGCCGGCCUGAGGAUUGUUUGUGUGUGUGUGUGUGUGUGUGUGUGCGUGUGUACUGUAAAUCUGCGUGUGUGAGUGUAUUGUAGGCUAUAUGCAUUUAAUUGUGUGUGUGUGUGUGUGUGUUGUUGGGAGGUAUGGCUCAGUGAGGCAUUGCGUGGCGUGGUGGCCUACUUUCCCAGGAUGCCCGGCGAGGAUAGGAGAUGAUGAAAUGAGGGUUGAAGCGUAUUAUCCUCACACAGCGCCGUCGCCCCAGCCUCAGCCCCAGAUCAGCCUCCGCCAUGACACUGAGACCAGCAUGCCCCAGGAAACACGAUAUCAUUGGGAAUGUACAGGGGGAGGAGGGGAGAGCAAGAGAUUUGCUUUUAAUGUAUCAGUCUCAUAGCGUUUCAUAGCGUACCCUAAGUGUGUGUAUGUGUGAGCUGGCUACAUUGUACUGUACUGUAGGUCAGGAUGGAGGAGUUAGGUGGAGAGCUCCUUAUCACCAGAUUCAGUAAGUCUUCAAAAGCUUAAUCAAGAAGAUGGAGGGAGAUUUAGUGCUGUUACAGUAACACUAAUUGUAAAGGGUACCCACUGUGUCUCUGUGUAGCAUACUGUAUAGAUUCCCUACUUUAUAGAUUCCUGCUCAUUCUCUCCUAUAGCCUACUCUCAUUUCCUGUUUAGUUUUACUCAAAUCUCUCAAGACUAUUUUAAGUUAAUGAUGAUCGACAUCUUGGAGAGGGGAAAAUUCUUAUUAUCCAAAAAGCCCAGAGUUGUGAUGUCUUUGGGGCUUUUGUUAGUGGUAUCCAUGUUGCUACUGGGGGGUUGGAAGCUGUCAUUACAUGAUGGUACAGCUGUACUCUUGUCACUCAUCAUAAUAUCACAUUUCAUGCCUUAUAACCCCUGAACUGUGCACUCAAGAUGCUUUCUGUAAAAGUGUACUUAUUCGCUUGAGUGGAUUGAAAAGGAAGACCAUUAGUGUUUCAGUAUGCACUGCUGCCUGCCACCCCUCUCCUAACUAUCCUGUGUGUGUGUGUGUGCAUGUGUGCAUGCGUGUGUGUGUCAAUGGCCGCUGAAGCUCUUUAGUGCGUUUCUGCUUCAUUUAAACCUGUCAAUACUUCAGUUAGAGACAGACUAAGUAAGGGCACAGGGGAACAGCUAUUUGCAUGUGGUGUUCCUUAUUUUCAGUCCCUCUCUUCUACAGAGAAGGGGUACAGAUCAAAAGAUAACACGAUUUUACUCAUGCUGUGCAGAUAACACAUUUUCCUCAAAGUGUGUACACAUUAGCCAACUAGAAAUCCUGCAGUAAGAUGUUUUCAUUUUAUUUGAUAUACCAAUGUUUUUUGGAUUUCCCUUUACCAAAAUUAAACUCUAUAAUGGUCUGUUCAUCAUGCACAAUUUCAAGACUGGCAUUUAUUGCAAGUCACACCUUUUAAUAAUGCUACUGGAUGAUUGUAUACUUAGUCAGUUGUAGUGCAUCUCCAUCCAAGAUGGCAACCUCCCCCUCAGUCUCCCUCUGCCACUGACACACAGCCAGCCCUGACUGGGAUCUGACAGACAGAUAGGAAUAGAAACCUCCUCCCUCUCUCUGUCUCACUCGCUCUCUCUCUCUUUCUCUCUCUCUCUCUCUCUCUCUCUCUCUCUCUCUCUCUCUCUCUCUCUCUCUCUCUCUCUCUCUCUCUCUCUCUCUCUCUCUCUCUCUCACUCACUCACUCACUCACUCUCUCCCCUUACCAGGCUCUGUAACAUCACUGGAUAUUAAAAAGUAUACAUCAACCAAGCAAUUAUGGGCUAUCAAAAAUAAUAAGGGUAGCCUGGGGGGCUACUGAGGGCUGUGUGGUGAAUGUAGCAAGGAGUCUGGCUGAGAGUAGACUUUUGUUGUCUCCACAACCUUCUUUAACAAGUCUCAGGUUGUUGUGAGGAUGUUUUAAGUUGGAGAACACCUUGAGCUGCCUGUUUGUUCUCGGUCAUCUUUGACACCUGAGGCCUUUACUGUAGCAGUAUUGGGAGUGUCACAGCAAACUGAGUAUGACGCCAUGACAGCACAGAGCAGACAGUCUCUGUAGCUUUAACAGACAGCCACAGCAGACAUUUCCCUGCAAUUUAAUCAUGUGGAACUGUGCUGAUCACACAGUGGUGGAGCUGGGUUAUGUGCCAGAGCUACGCGUGUGAUAACAAUAGCAGAUCGUUUGCCUGUGUUGUUUGAAAGGCACGUCAGAACAAGGAUUCUUCUUUCCUCUGACUCCCCCCUCUUCCCUCCUCUCCUCAAAGGCGGAGCGCUCAUCAAUGCAUGCCCUCCGUCUCGCGGGGGCAGGAGUAAAAGAACAUCAGGCAGGUCUCCUGCUGACGCCGCCCGCCACGGCACUGCCUGCUGCCUCAGAUGUACGGAGAAACUACCCCUGUUAAGGAGCAAUAACAUUUAGAGAAGGGCUGAGGAGGAUUUUUUAAUGUGCCUCACUUAAAAUUCAUAGUUGUCACGCUAAAUAAAUCAGCGUUCUUUGGCAUAGCUUGAGAGUGAAUAAGAGAUGAGGCUUAAACGUUGGCAGACCUUAGUCUGACACAUUCAAUUAUGUCAGAGAGGGGCUUUCAGCUAGCGGAGCCGCACCCCCUCCUACACACACACACACACCCCUCUGCACGAGAACCUCAAAUGGGGCGGUGCACUCAGAGAGAGAGAGAGAGAACGAAGGAGAUGGAGAGAGUGUGUCACCUGGGAUUAUGUGUGGUUUGUUUUUGCUGCAUGUGUUUCUCUGUUUUUCUGAAUUUGUGUGGGGGUGUGUGUGUGUGUGUGUUCUGUGUAUGAGUGUUGCCUUCUUGUGUUGGUGUGUGACUGUGUGUGUAGAAGGCAGCGGAGAGGUCGAGGCUCUGAAUGUGUGUGUGUGGAGAGGUAGUGAGACAGCAGUGGGGCCAGAGGAGUAGUCUUGUCUGCUGUGUAUGAAUAAUCAAAGUGGGCUCUCAUCAUUAAAUCAUAGCCGUCCUGGUGGGAUAGGAGAGAGAGGAGAGAGAUCACAGUUACACUGCUGCAGGGGAACAUGCUCUCAGACAGUGUUUCUGAGACGUGUCACGAGUCCUCUCUGCUCGUACUACCCACUUAGCUCCUGGAGAAACAACUCCUUUUACACACACACACACUCAUGCACAGAGACAGACAGAGGAGAAUGGCUACAGCACCAGCCUCCAGACUUAUCCCAUUGUCUAAGCCAGUAGGAUGUACUGUAUGUAUGAUCUUGUUAAACACGUACAGUAGACAUACCGUAUGUACAUACACAUUCAUAUACAGUACAUUAUUUUGUCUGCCUUGAAGUCCAUUCCUCUCUGAAACAUCAGCAACAGUAUGUGCAGCAUUUGUAACAUAUAUCAAUACAGCAGGUUGUAUCAUUAAGGCUUUCAAGGUAACUGUGAUAUACACAUACCUAUGUGAGACAGUACAGGACUUUGUUGUGUUUGUGUGUGUACAGUAGUAUAGGACAGCAGUUUAUAGCUGGACUGGGGUAUUUCCCCAAAUAUACACACACACACACACACACACACACACACACACACACACACACACACACACACACACAGAGCCGCUGCUAAUGAGCGUGGUGUGCUGUAACGCCAGACGAGCUCUACACACACAGCGGGGAGUUCAGACUAGUCACAGCUUUCCUCCGCUCUGUAGCACUCUGUCUCUGUCUGAGACUCUCUGCCUCAGUAACAACAUGUAAACAGUUGCUGUCUGUAUCAAAGAUGCUGUAGCAGAGACAAUAUUGCUUACCUGAAGGCCUGUUUUUGAACCAUUAGUAUUCAAUGUAUUGUGGGAAUCAGGGCGAUCUAAAUAGGAGUUCAUGCUUCUCCAUUGUUGACUGUUGUCAGCCAGGAUGUUGGGAAUUAGGCUUUAGGGUGGCAGAGGCAAGUCUGUGAACUUAUAGAGAAUUGUUAAAGGAGAAUGUAUGAGCCUCUGUUGAGUUACAUAAAGUUCCAACUUCUGCGUCACUCUCUCUCUUUCUCUCUUCUCCCCCUUUCUCUCAGUCCCGGCCAUGAUCACGUCAUACCCCAACACCACCAUGGCCACGGUGGGCCAGCAGAAGGAGAUGAGCUGCACGGCCCACGGGGAGAAGCCCAUCAUGGUACGCUGGGAGAAGGAGGAACGCAUCAUCAACCCAGAGACCAGCCGCUACACCGUCGUGGUCAAAGAGGUGGCUGACGAGGUCAUCUCCACUCUGAAGGUGCGCUGGGGGCCUGGGGCCUCCACCUCAAAAGGGGAUGAUGUAUAUUGUUGUUUAUACUGAGCUGAUAUUAGUGUAGUACGCUCUUGUCACGACUUCCGCCGAGGCUGCCCCCCCUCCUGGUUCGGGCAGGCUUCGGCAUUCGUCGUCACCGGAGUACUAGCUACUGCUGAUCCCAUUCUCAUCACUCCACUUGUCAUGUCUUGUCAAUCACACACACCUGGUGCUCAUUCCCCUAAUUAGUAUGUGUAUAAGUGUUCCCUCUGUUCCCCUUGUCUUUGUGAGUGAUUGUUUUGUUGUGAGAGCGUGUAGCUCGGUUGAGCUACAUUUCACUGUGUUAUUGCCAAGGUGGAUGUUUUCCCUUGUACAGUUUUGUUUGACGCUUGGGAGCGUUUGAUUUAUGCAAACUGAUUAAACUCUGGACUUCGGUAUUUUACCUCCUGCGCCUGACUCCUUCUUUCACACCUCGUCACAGAAUCACUCACCUGAUCUGAUAUGGAGUCAGCAGGAGAAGACUGCAUGCCUGGAGUUGUGGCAAGGAUCCAGGAGCAUUCCUCAAUGUUGGCCAGCUUGGGGGAAGCGAUGGAUCGGGUUCUUCAGGUGGUAGAACACCUGGAGAUGAGAGGAUCCGAUCUAUCGAGACCAGCUGGUCAACCGGAUCCAGCCACCUACACCCCAGCCCCUGGAGGGAUCCAGAUAUCCAGGCCACCGGCGUUUGACGGGACUGCAGCGCGAUGUAAGGGAUUCCUACUCCAACUGAAGUUGUAUUUCUCCAGCAUCAGGCUGAGCCCCGGGAGCAGGAGAAGGUAUCCGUCCUCGUUUCCUGCCUUUGUGGGAGAGCCCUGGAGUGGGCCAACGCGGUAUGGAACGAGGGAGGUACCAUGUUGGAGAACUACAGGGAGUUUGCUCGCCUCUUUCGGGCCGUUUUUGAUCACACGCCUGAGGGUCGAGAGGCGGGCGAACGACUGGUUCAUCUAAGGCAGGGGAUGAGGACCGCUCAGGACUACGCACUGGAGUUCCGGACGCUGGCAGCGGGGUCCGGGUGGAACAAGCGGGCCCUGAUAGACCAUUUCCGGUGCCACCUAAGGGAGGACGUCCGAUGGGAGCUAGCCUGCCGGGAUGCCAUGCUAUCGUUCUCCCAACAGGUGGACAUGGCCAUCCGGCUGGACAAUCUGCUAGCAGCCAGAGGACGUCCUGGUAGGGGUCUGCCCGUUCCCACUCCGGACGACUCUGACCCCGAGCAGAUGGAGCUGGGGGGAGCUGCCGGUCGAGAGAGCGCAGGAGGACAGCGACAGUGCCACUCUGGUGGCACGAAGGGACAAUCCACCUCACGUCGCAGUCAACGUUCUUUGGGGUCUGGAGGCGGUAGGCAGGGUACUCACGCAUCACCCCAUGUAACGAACACCCAAACGUGUUCAGAGCCCUUUGCGGUGCACUGUACUUUAUCUAUCUCCUUUCCAGAUCACUUGGUAGGUUCCCAGUGUAAGGCGCUAGUCGAUUCAGGUGCAGCUGGGAAUUUUAUUGACAGGGCAUUUGCACACUGUCAAGGCAUUUCAUUGGUUCCCCUAACCAUUCCACUCCCCAUCAGAGCACUAGAUAGUUGACCAUUAGGGUCCGGGUUGGUUAAGGAAGUUACUGUACCAGUCACCAUGAUUACGCAGGAGACACAUGUUGAGCAGGUCACCUUUAUGAUUAUUGAGUCUCCUGCUUACCCUGUAGUCUUGGGUAUCCCGUGGUUAGCCCUUCACAAUCCCAAUUUCUCAUGGCCGCAGAGGGUUAUUACAGGGUGUUGGCGUGAGUGUCCGGGUAGGUGUCUAGGUGUCUCCGUUGGUGUGCGACCACAGUGGAAAGUCCAGACGAUACCCCCACCGUGCGCAUUCCCCCCCGAAUACCAUGAUCUGGCGCUCGCGUUUUCCAAGAUGCAAGUGACUAAAUUACCACCUCAUCGGGAGGGGGAUUGCAUGAUAAACCUUCGGGUAGACACUGUACCUCCCAUGGGUAUCCCCUGUCGCAGGCUGAAACGGAAGCUAUGGAAAUAUACGUCACCGAGUCCCUGCGCCAGGGGUAUAUACGUCCCUCCACUUCACCUGCCUCCUCGAGUUCCUUCUUUGUGAAGAAGAAAGAUGGCGGUUUACGCCCGUGCAUUGAUUAUCGACCACUGAAUAAUGUGACGGUACGAUUUAGUUAUCCUCUUCCCCUCAUUCCUUCAGUGAUUGAGUCAAUGCAUGGGGCCCGUUUUUUCACCAAAUUAGACCUCAGGAGUGCCUACAACCUGGUGCGUAUUCGGAAGGGGAUGAGUGGAAAACAGCAUUCAGCACAACCUCGGGCAUUAUGAAUACCUGGUGAUGCCCUACGGUUUGAUGAAUGCUCCAUCUGUUUUCCAGUCCUUUGUGAACGAGGUGUUUCGGGACAUGCUUGGUCGUGGUGUGGUGGUCUACAUCGAUGACAUCCUGGUGUAUUCCGCUACGCGAGCCGUGCAUGUGUCCCUGGUUCGCAAAGUACUGGUCCGACUGCUGGAAAAUGAUCUUCAUGCCAAGGCAGAGAAGUGUGAUUUUUUCCAGCAGUUAAAUAUCCUUCUUCGGAUAUCGCAUUGCCACCACAGGUGUGGAGAUGGAGGGAGACCGCAUUGCAGCCAUGCGUAAUUGGCAGACUCCAACCACGGUAAAGGAGGUGCAGCGCUUCCUUGGCUUUGCCAACUACUAUCGAAGGUUUAUUCGGGGUUUUGGCAAGGUCGCAGCUCCCAUUACCUCCUUGUUGAAGGAUGGGCCGGCCCGGCUCCGCUGGUCUGCUGAGGCUGAUUUGGCAUUCAGUAGAUUGCGGGGUCUGUUCACCUCAGCCCCGGUACUGGCUCACCCCGAUCUAUCACUACCGUUUGUAGUGGAGGUGGAUGCAUCCGAGGUAGGGAUAGGAGCUGUCUUAUCCCAACGCUCAGGCACGCCACCCAAGCUCUGCCCCUGUGCCUUCUUUUCGAAGAAGCUCAUCUCGGCGGAGCAGAACUACGGCGUUGGUGAUCGGGAGCUGAUGGCUGUUGUCUGAGCUUUGACGGUGUGGAGACAUUGGCUCGAAGGGCCGAAACACCCUUUCCUCGUAUGGACAGACCACCGUAACCUGGAGUACAUUCGGCCAGCGAGGAGGCUGAAUCCUCUCCAGGCCAGGUGGGCCCUCUUCUUCACCCGGUUUGAUUUCACACUCUCAUACAUUCCGGGUAUGAAGAACAUGAAGGCAGACGCACUGUCUCGGCUGUAUGACACAGAGGAGAGGCCCAGAGACAACACCCCCAUACUCCCGGCCUCAUGCAUUGUGGCUCCGGUAGUAUGGUCGAUGGACGCAGAUAUAGUGCAGGCAUUACGCACAGAUCCAUCUCCACCGCAGUGUCCAGCUGGGCUGCAGUAUGUACCUGCGCUUACCCGUGAUCGUCUGAUCUACUGGGCACACACGUCAUCCUCCUCUGGUCAUCCAGGUAUCGGUCGUACAAUGUGCUGCCUGACCGAGAAGUACUGGUGGCCUACCUUGGCUAAGGACAUGAGGGUGUAUGUUUCCUCAUGCUCAGUGUGCGCUCAGAGUAAGGCACCUAGGCACCUAGGCACCUCCCAGCGGGUAAGCUACAACCUUUACCAGUUCCACAACGACCAUGGUCUCACCUGAGUAUUGAUUUUCUCACUGAUCUUCCCCCCUCCCAAAGUAACACCACGAUCCUGGUCCUGGUUUUCAAAGUCCUGCCGCCUCCUUCCUCUGCCCGGUCUCCCCACGGCCCUACAAACUGCGGAGGCUCUGUUUACUCACGUCUUCCGGCCCUACGGGGUACUAGAGGAUAUAGUGUCCGACCGAGGUCCCCAGUUCACGUCUAGAGUCUGGAAGGCGUUCAUGGAACGUCUGGGGGUCUCAGUCAGCCUGACCUCUGGUUUUCACCCCGAGAGCAAUGGGAAGGUGGAAAGGGGGAAUCAAGAUGUGGGUAGGUUCCUGCGGACCUGCUGUCAGGACCGGCCGGGGGAGUGGUCGGUGUUCCUGCCAUGGGCAGAAUAUGCUCAGAACUCUCUCCUCCACUCCUCCACUAACCUUCCAAUGUGUUUUGGGGUACCAAUCGGUCCUGGCACUGUGUCACCAGAGCCAGACCGAGACUCCCGUGGUGGAUGACUGGUUUCGGCGCGCGGAGGAGACUUGGGAUGCUGCCCACGUUCGCCUCCAGCGCACCGUGUGUCGUCAGAAGGCCAACUCUGACCGCCACCGCAGGGAGGCCCCGGUGUUCAUACCGGGGGAUCGGGUCUGGCUCUCGACCCGGAAUCUGCCCCUCCGCCUGCCCUGCCGGAAGCUGAGCCUGCGGUUCGUGGGGCCAUUUAAAGUCCUGAGGAGAAUAAACGAUGUGACAUACAGGUUGUUACUCCCCCCUGAUUACCGUAUUAACCUUCGUUUCAUGUGUCUCUCCUCAGGCCGGUGGUAGCUGCUCCGCUCCAGGAGUCUGAGGUACGGGAGGUUCCUCCACCUCCUCUGGACAUUGAGGGGGCCCCGGCGUACUCGGUUCAUUCCAUCCUGGAUUCGAGGCGGCCUUCAGUAUCUCGUGGAGUGGGAGGGGUACGGUUCGGAGGAACGGUGCUGGGAUCCUCGAUCCCUCCCUGUUGAGGGAUUUCCACCGUCGCCAUCCGACUCGCCCUGCUCCGCGUCCUCCUGGCCGUCCCCGAGGCCGGGGUCGACGCACUGCUGGAGCCGCGCGUCGGCGGGGGGGGUACUGUCACGACUUCCGCCGAGGCUGCCCCCCCUCCUGGUUCGGGCAGGCUUCGGCGUUCGUCGCCACCGGAGUACUAGCUACUGCCGAUCCCAUUCUCAUCACUCCACUUGUCAUGUCUUGUCAAUCACACACACCUGGUGCUCAUUCCCCUAAUUAGUAUGUGUAUAAGUGUUCCCUCUGUUCCCCUUGUCUUUGUGAGUGAUUGUUUUGUUGUGAGAGCGUGUAGCUCGGUUGAGCUACAUUUCACUGUGUUAUUGCCAAGGUGGAUGUUUUCCCUUGUACAGUUUCGUUUGACGCUUGGGGCGUUUGAUUUAUGCAAACGGAUUAAACUCUGGACUUUGGUAUUUUACCUCCUGCGCCUGACUCCUUCUUUCACACCUCGUCACAGCUCUCAAUAUAGCAUGAAUAAUUAUAGUAGCCUUUGUACAUGCAGUGAUUGACGUUGGACAUUUUGUGUAGCCUAUAAAAUAACCAGAGGUUAUGAUCAGUUGAAUACUGUUAUGGUGCAUUAUGGUGAUGUUUCCUGGUUAAAAACUACGUUGACCUCUCCUCAGAUUUUGCCAACUGUUCGGGAAGAUUCUGGAUUCUUUUCCUGCCAUGCCAUUAACUCCUAUGGUGAAGACAGGGGCAUCAUUCAGUUAACAGUGCAAGGUAAACCCCUGGCUUCAGCUCAAGCAUGUUAAGCUGUUUCUCCAUAGUGGUACCUUUUUGUUGCUACUGUAAGUUUUUCCUGACCACAUGAGCCAAUAUCUCUGAGCCCUAGUUAACUUGAGCCUGCAGGUUGUUUUCUCCUGGUCAGGUCAACUAAGUGAACAGGUAAACCUAUGUAUCUAAUCUCUGUGUGUGGUGUUUAACCCUUUUAGAACCUCCGGACCCUCCCGAGGUGGAGAUCCGAGAGGUCAGAGACCGGACAAUCGCCCUCCGCUGGACCAUGGGCUUCGACGGAAACAGCCCUAUCACAGGAUAUGACAUUGAGUGCAAGAACAAAUCAGGUAGGGCUGGCAUAUAGGCCUAUGGAAUAACAUGAGAAAUCCAUAUGAAAUUGCAUACGACAUAGUUAUAACUAAAUCUGUUUCUGCAUUAUCUAACUUGUUUAUUGUUGGUUGUCAUGUCAUACAGAGAUGCUAAUAGGUUAAUUGUGUUUUCCCCCCUAGCCUCGUGGAAUUCAGCCCAGAUAACCAAAGACGUGUCCCCCCAGCUGAACCAGGCCACCAUCAUAGACCUGCACCCAUCCUCCACCUACAACAUACGCAUAUUCGCGAAGAACAACAUUGGCAAGAGCGACACCAGCAACGAGCUCACCAUCACCACUGACGAAGCAGGUCAGCCCACACAGAUCUCUCCUUCACUGGGUCAAAACAUAAUGUAGUUAUGUUCCAAACCAGGUUGACACAUGUUCUGUUUGUCUUCAGAUUUUAGCCAUGGAUAUGUAUUUUUUUUUUGUAAUAUUCCCUAGAAUACAGUAAAGGUCAAUCUCUCAUUCAUAACAGAGCAAAGGGUUUUCUAGCGCUGUAGCGCCAUCUAGUGAGAUAUUUCCUAAAUAUAAUGAAUGUCUGAUUAUAAACAUGAUUCAAAAAGCCCUUUUACCAUUGAACAUUUUUUUCACAGUUCCGGUCUACUUAAGGGGUGGCUCUCCCAUAGGCACCAAAGCGAUAGCAGCUGGGUCUAGUCUACUUAAUUCAUUCGCCACACACCAACCAGAAAAAAGUAUUGCUUUCUCUAUCGUCUCUGCCUCAUUCAACUGACUCUCUCAUAAGAGUAUUUUGUGUUAAUAUUACACAUCUGUUCUAUAGCCCCCGAUGGUCCUCCACAGGAAGUACAACUGGAGGCCACCUCUCCACAAAGCAUCAAAGUCACCUGGAAGGUACUGUGUCUUCAUGGAGUUAAACAGAGCUAUUUUCCUGUUUCUAUCUGUGUCUACAGUUUGAUCCUAUUUAUCAUGGACAUACAUCCCACUGGGCACACACUGGUUUAAUCAACAUCAUUUCAAUGAAAUUACGUUGAACCAAUGUGGAAAAGACGUUGAAUAAACAUCUGUGCCCAGUGGGAUAGAGCUAGUUUCCUGUUUCUAUCUUUGUCUAUGUACAGUCUGAUCCUAUGAUAUGACAUUUACGUCAUUUAGCAGACGCUCUUAUUCAGUGCAUACAUUUUCAUACUGGCCCCCUGUGGGAAUCGAACCCACAACCCAGGCGUUGCAAGCGCCAUGCUCUACCAACUGAGCUACAUGGGACCAAUAGUAAUGAAGAGCAUUUGACCAAACCUGUUACCCUAAUUAUAAGCAAAACAGGAUGGCAGCUUUUUAACACACUGUUGUUGCCCCCCCAUCCCUCAUCCUCCUCCUCAGGCCCCCCAUAAGCACCUUCAGAACGGGGUGAUCCGGGGCUACCAGGUGGGUUACAGAGAGUACAGCUCUGGAGGCAGCUUCCAGUUUAACAUCAUCAGCAUGGACACCACAGGGGACAGCAGCGAGAGCAUCACCCUGGACAACCUCAGGAAGUUCACUGAGUACGGAGUGGUUGUGCAGGCGGCUAACCGUGCUGGCACUGGGCCCUCCUCUCAGGAGGUCAUCACCAAAACAUUGGAGGAUGGUUAGUACGGAUCAGGGGGUUUAAGGAGUGGGGUAGGGUAGAGGUGGUUUAGUUUACCUCUUGAUAGCAUGAGAAUGUUGCACAGUGUGAAAAUUCACUGACGUAGGUAGACUACCAUCUUCUGGAUGAUUGCUGAAUUACCUCAAACCGAAAGAUUUGAAAUCACUAAUACAGUUAGAAGCCAGUAGGGGGAGAUAUUUCAGCCUAGUUUUAUCAUUGUCUGUACAUUUGUCUUAACUUCGUUUCCCCUCCUGUCCCUUAACAGUCCCCUCGCGUCCCCCUGAGAAUGUCCUGGCCAUGGCCAAGUCUCCAGAAGUCAUCUCUCUUUCCUGGUUGACCCUGCCUAAAGAGGCCCUCAACGGAAACCUGCAGGGCUACAGAGUCAUCUACUGGGCCAACCUGCCAGAUGGAGGUAGGGGCUUAUUAACACACACUCAGAACACACCAGCUAGCAGGCACUUAGCGGACCACUGGUGGUGUGAGCACUAUGAUCGGAGGUACCACAGGGCCAGAGUGGGCAGCACCCAGAGCUAACACCCUGCUCCUGCUCAGGCCCUGUGGAUGGGAUCCAGCCUGCAGCCUGCCGGGCCUCCAUCAAUAAUUUACAGGAUGCAGUAAGUCCCUGCUUCAGCUCUGUCUACAAGGACACUCAGUCAAGGACAGAGGAGACGCAGCAGACAGAGCACUACUGCCAGUAGUCAGUCAUUACAAUAUCACAGAUACUACCUCGGUCAAAAAUCACAGUAGCUUACUGUGUAUGAGCAUCGUCUUGUAUUUUAGUUUGCAGUGUGGUCUUACAGGGAGCAUGUUAUAGGUUUAUUGUGUUAUUGUGGUCACUGUAGUUCACACUGGAUCAUAGACUUGAUUUGACAUGGUGUGAGAGUGAGUGAUAAAAGGUUGUUUGUAACUGUUGUUACAUUGUCAGAGUUGGGAGAGAUCAGGAACGUGACCACCUCCUAUCCGUCUCUGGAGCUGGAUGGUCUGGAGAAAUACACCAACUACAGCAUCCAAGUGCUGGCCUUCACCCGGGCCGGGGACGGGGUGCGCAGCGAGCAGAUCUUCACCCGGACCAAGGAAGACGGUGAGAUACAAAUCCUGGCUUGAGAUACACUUGAGAUAGAUGUGGAUCGUUGCUUUCACAUUGACAUCAAAGCAUGAUUCCUGCAAAAGUUCAAGCUAUGCACGCAUACUUCAAGUCAGAUUUCAGUAAUAAAGCACUGUCUGCAAUGGGUUUCAAUGAGACCAUAUAAGCCCAUAUUCAAUGUUUCUAUUAAUACGUGCAGUAUAUAUGUAUGUUUAACAUUAUAUUUUCCCUCCUUCCUCCCACUAGUCCCUGGGCCUCCAGCGGGGGUUAAGGCUGCAGCCUCCACCAGCUCCGUGGUGUUUGUGUCCUGGCUCCCUCCUCUCAAACUCAACGGCAUCAUCAGGAAGUACAUCGUCUUCUGCUCCAACCUGCACCCCACGGUACGGAGCUGUAUUAUUAUUAACACAGCUCUCACAGCAUCCUUGAGCACUCAUUAUAACGCCGCCUCCAGUCCUGCCAUUCUGGGCUGUAUUAGAAAGUCCUGUAGGGAGAGAGAAUACUCUUGAAGAUUACUCCCCUGUUCAAGUUGUAUGAUAAAUGCACAGACGUGUAAACCCCUUCCCUUUCUCCCUCUCUCUCUCCAGGUGAUGAGUGAGUUUGAGGCUUCUCCUGAUGUAUAUUUCUACAGAGUGCCAAACCUGGCCCGCAACAGGAAGUACAGCAUCUGGGUGGUUGCCGUGACAGCCGCUGGGCGAGGCAACAGCAGUGAGACCAUCACAGUGGAACCUCUAGCCAAAGGUACCUAUUAAAAGUUGGGAAUCAAAACUAAUCAUGCUGAAGUACUGUAUUAUUGAUUGCAGUAUGGUGUUGAUGGUGUUGACAUCUAGGAUAUUGCUUGCGUUCUGUUAUUAUUAUUAAUUGUUUUCCAUUGGAAUAGAAUGGUACUGUCACAGUGAUGCAUGUAUAUAACCCCCAUAGCUCCUGCCAGGAUCCUGACGUUCAACGGAACGGUGACUACACCCUGGAUGAGGGACAUCGUUCUGCCCUGCAAGGCAGUCGGCGAUCCACCCCCCACUAUCAAGUGGCUGAAGGGAAAGUAAGUCAAGGCCAUAGAGAUGUAUAGAGAUCUCAACGUUGUAUCUGUGCCAUUAUGGCGUCUGUGACAGCAUUGACAGCGCCAUUGAGGCUAUCUCAAUUUUAAAGUAGUCCCAUUCUUUUUUUUUUUUGACGUUUGAAAAAAGUGUAAAGCUAAUAUUGGUGACUUACCGCCACCUGCAGUGCUGGAGUCUUGAACCAAAUAUUGUGUCUCAUUCAUUUAUUGUGGCCACUAGAUGGCGGUCAUAUAGCUUUAAGCCAUUUACAAACUAGGCAAACCAAUUUGAAGAAGACAAUGCUCUGAUCGUUGGCUUAUCGCUCCCAACCCAUAGGAAUCUCCACCCAGUUGACUACUUUAAAAUUAUGAAAGUCCUCAAUGGCAAUGUCCAUGCAAAACUGGGUAAUGAUCUCUAUACAUCUCUAUGGUCAACGCCCAUCUGUCACAUGAUUCAACACAUGCAGGAAUGUCAACAUUUUAAUCAUGUUUUUACUAUGAUCACAUACUGUACUGAACAUCAUCUGGUCAACUCUACCUCUCAACAGCAAUGGUACCCCUGACCCUGUUCUGAUUGACGGACGCCGCAGUGUCCAUAGCAACGGCAGCUUCAUCAUCCGGACGGUGAAAGCAGAGGACUCUGGGAACUACAGCUGCGUGGCCAGCAACAACUGGGGCUCUGAUGAAAUCACGCUCAACCUGCAGGUUCAAGGUAAGGAGAGAUGUAAAAGGGGAAUUGUCCAAAACUGUCCAAUACUAAUUGGUACUAACAUUUCAAAGGCCUUUCUACGUAGGUUAGCAGUAGCUCUUCUGAGGACACUUCGUGGCUAGUUUGAUGUAGCACAGAUGCUUUGUUGUCAUGGAUCUUGUUCUAAACAUAAUUCCUUUUGUUCUACAGUUCCUCCAGACCAGCCACGCCUCACAGUUACCAAGACAACCACCACGUCAAUCACUCUGUCCUGGAUACCUGGGGACAACGGAGGAAGCUCCAUCAGAGGUGAGUGACAUUAGGCCAUUUGGACACACCAGAGACACCUCUACAAGGCAUAGACCUCCUUUCCGACACCCCAGUGACACUUCAACAAGACAAAGAUCCCCAUUCAGACAUACUAACUAAUGACAUUUCAACAAGAGAUAAAGUAGACCUACAUUCGGGCACACCAACGACACCUCAACAAGUCACUGGUAACUACUAAGACACACCAAUGGCACUUCAGUAACACGGCUAGUACCCUAUUAGGACAUUGGGUGAACAAAAUCAUCUUACAAGGCCCCCCACUUCUCAUUAUCUUAGACAGGCCUAGUAAUUGCGCUGAGUGGGGUGCUAAAACAGUGGAGAGGGAAUAGAUUAAAAAGGAACAAAGAAGAUUAGGUGGGUUAACGUGGAAGAUUAAACCACUCAGUCAAGAAGAAAGGCCAAUCACAGAAGGAGUAGCACUGAUGAUUUAUCAUAGCUGGUCAUCACUGGAACACAACAUGGUGCUUCUGGCCUCUCAAGCUUUUUAAAAUAGAUUUUAAGGGAUGUCCAGGAUGAUUUCCUAUGGUAUUUGUUUUCAUGUCACGAGUCAAAUGAUGUUGUCUAGUCCUUGCACUUACCACAAUACAGUGCCUUAUUUUCCUGUUAUCCGUGUAGAGUGAAUCGUGGCUUUGAUCAGGUGCUGUUGUCCUGCCUUAUGUUACAUAUAAUGUUAAUCAAUCUCAAUGGCAUGUUUAUCGGUAUUUAGCCCAUGUCUAACACUGAACAAUCUGUUGUAAGGGAAGUGCAAAUACUAGAUUAACUUGGAGUAUGUUGGGAGAAAUGUUACAGUAAUGCUCUAUCUUUGUCCCUCCGUCUCCAUCUUUUCCUCUUUCUCUCUCUCUAGGCUACAUCCUGCAGUACUCCGAGGACAACAGUGAGCAGUGGGGCAGCUUUCCAAUCAGCCCUAGCGAGCGCUCGUACCGUCUGGAGAACCUGAAGUGUGGCACCUGGUACAAGUUCACCCUGACUGCUCAGAACGGAGUGGGCCCCGGACGCAUCAGUGAGAUCAUUGAAGCAAAGACCCACGGAAAAGGUAGAGUCUCUAUAGCAGGGAUGGGCAACUGGCCCUCGGAUUAAAAAAAUUAUAUACAGUGGGGAGAACAAGUAUUUGAUACACUGCCGAUUUUGCAGGUUUUCUUACUUACAAAGCAUGUAGAGGUCGGUAAUUUUUAUUAUAGGUACACUUCAACUGUGAGAGACGGAAUCUAAAACAAAAAUCCAGAAAAUCAUAUUGUAUGAUUUUUAAGUAAUUAAUUUGCAUUUUAUUGCAUGACAUACGUCUCCUGAGUGGCGCAGUGGUCUAAGGCACUGCAUCGCAGUGCUAACUGUGCCACUAGAGAUCCUGGUUCGAAUCCAGGCUCUGUCGCAGCCGGCCGCGACCGGGAGACUCAUGGGCGGCGCACAAUUGGCCCAGCGUCGUCCAGGGUAGGGGAGGGAAUGGCCGGCAGGGAUGUAGCUCAGUUGAUAGAGCAUGGCGUUUGCAACGCCAGGGUUGUGGGUUCGAUUCCCAUGGGGGGCCAGUAUAAAAAUAAAAUAAAAAUGUAUUCACUAACUGUAAGUCGCUCUGGAUAAGAGUGUCUGCUAAAUGACUAAAAUGUAAAUGUAUAAGUAUUUGAUACAUCAGAAAAGCAGAACUUAAUAUUUGGUACAGAAACCUUUGUUUGCAAUUACGGAGAUCAUAUGUUUCCUGUAGGUCUUGACCAGGUUUGCACACACUGCAGCAGGGAUUUUGGCCCACUCCUCCAUACAGACCUUCUCCAGAUCCUUCAGGUUUCGCUGGGCAAUACGGACUUUCAGCUCCCUCCAAAAGUUUUCUAUUGGGUUCAGGUUUGGAGACUGGCUAAGCCACUCCAGGACCUUGAGAUGCUUCUUACGGAGCCACUCCUUAGUUGCCCUGGCUGUGUGUUGCGUGUCGUUGUCAUGCUGGAAGACCCAGCCACGACCCAUCUUCAAUGCUCUUACUGAGGGAAGGAGGUUGUUGGCCAAGAUCUCGCAAUACAUGGCCCCACCCAUCCUCCCCUCAAUACGGUGCAGUCGUCCUGUCCCCUUUGCAGAAAAGCAUCCCCAAAGAAUGAUGUUUCCACCUCCAUGCUUCACGGUUGGGAUGGUGUUCUUGGGGUUGUACUCAUCCUUCUUCUUCCUCCAAACACGGCGAGUGGAGUUUAGACCAAAAAGCUCUACUUUUGUCUCAUCAGACCACAUGACCUUCUCCCAUUCCUCCUCUGGAUCAUCCAGAUGGUCAUUGGCAAACUUCAGACGGGCCUGGACAUGCGCUGGCUUGAGCAGGGGGACCUUGCGUGCGCUGCAGGAUUUUAAUCCAUGACGGCGUAGUGUGUUACUAAUGGUUUUCUUUAAGACUGUGGUCCCAGCUCUCUUCAGGUCAUUGACCAGGUCCUGCCGUGUAGUUCUGGGCUGAUCCCUCACCUUCCUCAUGAUCAUUGAUGCCCCACGAGGUGAGAUCUUGCAUGGAGCCCCAGACGGAGGGUGAUUGACCGUCAUCUUGAACUUCUUCCAUUUUCUAAUAAUUGCGCCAACAGUUGUUGCCUUCUCACCAAGCUGCUUGCCUAUUGUCCUGUAGCCCAUCCAAGCCUUGUGCAGGUCUACAAUUUUAUCCCUGAUGUCCUUACACAGCUCUCUGGUCUUGGCCAUUGUGGAGAGGUUGGAGUCUGUUUGAUUGAGUGCGUGGACAGGUGUCUUUUAUACAGGUAACGAGUUUCAAACAGGUGCAGUUAAUACAGGUAAUGAGUGGAGAACAGGAGGGUUUCUUAAAGAAAAACUAACAGGUCUGUGAGAGCCGGAAUUCUUACUGGUUGGUAGGUGAUCAAAUACUUAUGUCAUGCAAUAAAAUGCAAAUGAAUUACUUAAAAAUCAUACAAUGUGAUUUUCUGGAUUUUUGUUUUAGAUUCCGUCUCUCACAGUUGAAGUGUAACUAUGAUAAAAAUUACCGACCUCUACAUGCUUUGUAAGUAAGAAAACCUGCAAAAUCGGCAGUGUAUCAAAUACUUGUUCUCCCCACUGUAUAUUUUUUUACUCAGUCGGGUUCUCAACUUACUGUUGCAAGUUAGAAUAGUAUAAUACACAAGGUGCAAUUUUGAAAUUUGGUUGUGCAUCAGCAGUUUUUCUCUUGUUAUGUCAGUCACUGAUAGUCACUCAAUUAGCCCAUGUCAGCUAACAUUUUUUAGAUUGGUAAGUUAGUCUAGCGGCCAGCUAUCUAAACUUAGUAAUCAUGGUCGAAUUACCGGCCGAGGGGCCCCCAUUGAUUUUGUUAGUCAAUCCCACUUAGAUAUCACAUUAAAAACUAAAAACAUUUCUCUCCACUCUAUGGCAAAAUGUAAAACGGCUAAUUUUCCUCUCCGCCCCAUGGAAAAAGGAGUAGAAUUGCAAUAAAUGAGUUAUAAAACUGCAACAUUUUCUAUACGCCCCAUGGCAAAAUGUGUAGAAUUGCACGAAAUUAACUCUAAAACAUAGAAAAAUUCUGUCCGCUGUCAAGAGGGGGGCUGCUAAAAUGUUUUGUUCGCAAUGUGGUGGUGGGGUGUGUGUGUGUGUGUGUGUGUAUGCACAUGUGGGUACGCAGACCUGCAAGCAACUUUUUAGUGGCCCCCACCCCAUCAAUGUUGCCCAUCUCUGCUCUAUAGCAUCUCCACCUCACCAAUGUCCCCUUAGAACAGACUCUAACUCAAUAGUCCUAUCUAAAGCUUUAUCAAGCAAUUCCUCAAACUUGCUCAAUUAUUAUGUGACCUGAUUUGGUUCAUGAAUAAAAUGUUACAGGCAUCCUUAGAAGUCUACAUCUAAUCUCUUCACCCCUCUUCUUUCCAGAGCCCCAGUUUGCCAAAGAACACGAGCUGUUUGCCAGCAUCAACUCCACCCGGGUCAGGCUCAAUCUAAUUGGGUGGAACAAUGGUGGCUGCCCAAUCACCUCGUUCACCCUGGAGUAUCGUCCGGUGGACACGGCAACGUGGACCACGGCUCAGCGCACCUCCCUAACCAAGAGCUACAUCCUGUACGACCUGGCGGAGGCCACCUGGUACGAGCUGCAGAUGAAGGUGGUCAACAGCGCCGGCUCCGCCGAGAAGAAGAUCACAUUCGCCACGCUCAAUGCGGAUGGAAGUGAGUUCAGAUCAAUGGUCUUCUAGGAUGACAAUUUUUUUUCCUAAACCGUGAUAAUUUCAUAUUCCAAAGAAGGCCUUCCAAAGACACAUAUUUGACUACGAUUCUUAGUCCUCCCAAGUUCCAACCCUGGUGGUGCAUCUUUAAAUAGUCAUGCCUGAUACUCUGGAUGGUAUGUUCCCCAAGCUUAUCUGUUUCCUUCCUCCGCAGGCACCAUCCCUCCUCUGUUGAAGACAGUGGACCCCAUCACAGACAACAUGUCAGGCAACGAGGGGCUGAAGAUGAUGGUGACCAUCACCUGCAUCCUGGUGGCUGCUAUCAUGGUCUUCAUCCUCCUGAUGGUGCUGAAGAGGAGGAGGAGGGAGCAGAGGCUCAAGAGGCUACGCGGUGAGUCAGAACACACGCACACACACGUACACACGCGCACUCACACAAUAGAAACAAGGCACUCAAUAACACUCAAGCACUUUUUAGAGCUGUAUGCUUCAUGAUCAAGAGAGUGAGGAUCAAUUAACCUGAGCAGAGCCAGUAGAAUUGUGACUAUUGACUUUCAUUAUGUAAUUAAGAGGCUAUCAGUUUAGUCUGAUCAGAUCUAGUGUUCCACUUUUAAUUUGCCCACACUAAUGUUCUAGUUUUGCACAUCUAGGAUAUUGGCUUGGUGCUUAUGAUUUUAAUAUGUUAGCUUUUGACAACCACUACUCUGCAUUGUUACUAAUUUACUAUAUGCUGACUUCACAGAUGCAAAAAGCCUGGCAGAAAUGCUGAUGAGGUAUGUGAAGAGGAAUACAUCUUAACUUUAGAUAGGAAUCAUAAAAUACUUUAAAUUAACUGUCCAGUGUUUCCAGAUUUCUAUGAAAUAUUACCUAUAAUUACUUACAAUAUGAGUGAAAUAGUUUCCCUUCCAAAAUGUAUUAUGUUUAAAAAAAAAAACUUUUCUGUGUUGGAAUGGUGUGGGCGUACCCCGACAACAGAAUGGUGUGGGAGUAUACCAGUCAUUAAAAAUAUUAAUGCGAUCAGAUCGCUGAUUGGCCAGCUCAUCCUCCUCAGGAGUAUGACAUACUGUAAGAGGAAAUAGCAAGUAUUUUUGAAACGGUCUGUUUGAGAUACAAGUUUGAGGUAUGUUUUUGAAGUGUUUUUUCUCCAAUUUAUACUUUGGCCACAAAUACGUGUAUAGGAUGAGUCAACAACAUUAUUUGGGUAUGAGUUGACAAAAUAUGGGCUUUUAAAAGUUAUAUUUUCAAUGGACAGUUACUUUAAAACUAUGACUGAAUACUUGCAAACAAUACCUCCUAACUGACAUUUCUAUCUCCUAGUAAAAACACACGGACACCAGACACAUCGAACAAGCAGCAGACCAUGAGAAUGCACAUCGACAUCCCCCGAGCCCAGCUGCUCAUCGAGGAGAGAGAUACUAUGGAGACUAUCGGUGAGACCCCUGUCAUCCCCGCCAGCUUACAGUAUGCUUAUCCCUUGCAUGUUAUAUUUGAUCAUCUUUUCUAACAACUCAUUGUCUUCCUCCCUGUUUUCUGUCUGUCAGACGACAGGUCGACGGUGCUGCUGACUGAUAAUGACUUUGGGGAGACGUCCAAACAGAAGUCAUCCACUGUCACGCACACAGUCCACUACCAGUCCCUGUCGCAGGCCACCGGCCCACUGGUGGACGUCUCCGACGCCCGGCCUGGAACUAGUAAGAGCCUUACCUAUUUAAUCACCUCUAUAUCCCACCCCUCACCACCUUUACUCUGACGUACAGUAAGCUACUAGCCUAAUGUCGUCCCCUGGAGGAAUAGGGGCAAUUCAGUGUUUAUUUGGUUGUAGUUAUGUGAAAUAAGAGAAUGCUCUUUGUCAAGAUUAAUAUUUUUUGAUAUAGUUGCAUUCAAUCCAAGCAUCAUUGUACAUAUUUCUCUCUCAGGUGCCUGUAACUGGACCCCAGUCCUCCAAUCAGUGUUUAGACUCUAGAGUUUUUAUAAACAAUAGCUCCUCCAGGUAUCCACAUACCCUGAUCCCAAAUCCAUUCUAAGCAAACCAGAAUUUUCAGCUUAUCAUAGUUUCAACCCUCAGAUCCCCUUACAGAGCCCACAGCCCAGAGCAUUGUGAGCCAAGGCAGUGGCUGCACAGUGGCCUAUGGAGGCUCUUCUGCUGCUGAGCUUCAGUAAAGUUGAACUGAUGAAGAGUGGAGAGGCCUCUGGCUCCACCUGAUUGGGGUCAUUGAAGCUGGCCAGGAGGCACUGUGGGCCAAAAAAAUAAGCACAGUGGGCUUGAACCUUAUCUGCUGACUCAGCCACAUCUAUCCAGAGUGUUGGAAUUACUGAUGGAAUUGCUACUACCUACUACCAUUACCACUGCUAUUCUUCUCUGGCUUCUCCAGGCCGGAUCUAAUCAUGGCUGUUCUAAAGGGACAUUCUGAUUUGGUGCCAUUGAUGCAUAGCACAGUAGGUUAAAUGUCUGGGUCAGACCGAAUAUGAUACUAUUUUUGUCUUUGGGGAAUAUUAUAUCUACUGUGAAAGGUUAGGAUGAUACUGUAAUUUCAAACCUAUUAAUUAUUAAUGAUCAAUAGAUGUUUGUGUAAUUUGAUACACAGACAAUUAAAACUCAAUAUAUAGUAUGCAAUUUACUGUCUAGUAGCUCUUCAGUGGUAUGUCCGAAAUGACACCCUAUUCCAUAUGGACACUGGUCAAAAGUAGUGCACUACAUAGGGGAUAGGUUGCCAUAUCUGACACUGCCUAGGCCUAUCACCAGUAAUGACCUUGGCCCUUUCACCCACAGACCCCACAGCACGCCGCACUGCCAAAGCAGGCCCUGCAGCCAGCAGGAACCGCUACGCCAGCCAGUGGACCCUGAACCGGCCCCAACCUCCCACCUCCUCCCACACCCUGAGCACAGACUGGAGACUGCCCACACCGAAUGCCGCCGGCUCUGUAGACAAGGAGAGCGACAGCUACAGUGUCAGCCCAUCGCAGGACACAGGUACUGGACUGACCCUAUGUCUCACAUACAACAUUAGUCUGCAGCAAAGGGGAGACCACUACUACUGUACGUGGAAGGGUCAGAGUGCUCACGGUAUGUUUUAAGAUAUUUUCUAUAUUUCUUAGGAAAUUUCAGCUAUAUGCAUAUACUAUAAUGGAUGUUUUUUUUGUGUGUGUGUGUGUGUGUGUGUGUGUGUGUGUGUGUGUGUGUGUGUGUGUGUGUGUGUGUGUGUGUGUGUGUGUGUGUGUGUGUGUGUGUGUGUGUGUGUGUGUGUGUGUGUGUGUGUGUGUGUGACUACUCAGACCGCGCGCGGAGCAGCAUGGUGUCGACAGAGAGCGCGUCGUCCACGUACGAGGAGCUGGCCCGGGCCUACGAGCACGCCAAGAUGGAGGAGCAUCUGCGGCACGCUAAGUUCACCAUCACAGAGUGCUUCAUCUCUGACACCUCCUCGGAGCAAAUGACGGCCGGCACCAACGACUACACAGACAGCCUGACGUCCAGCACGCCGUCCGAGUCAGGCAUCUGCAGGUUCACCGCCUCCCCGCCCAAGCCUCAGGACGUCAGCCGGGUCAUGAACAUGGCCGCACCCAAGGCCCACAGACCGGGUGAGGAGAAGGCAGCACUCAUAUACAGAACACACACAGACAUACAAACACAUACACACACACACACACACACACACACACAGUACAGUUCAAACCUUACUGAAACUACAUUAUGAUGUAUUAUUUUCCGCAUUACUCUAGAUCAGUGAUUUCCAACUCCGGUCCUCCAGUACCCCCAACAGUACAUAUUUUUGUUGUGGCCCUGGAGAAGCACACCUGAUUCUACUAAUCAUCAAGCCCUUGACAAGUUGAAUCAGGUGUUUCUGUCUGGGGCAACAACACAAAUGUGUGCUGUUGGGGGUACUCGAGGACCGGAGCUGGAAAACACUGCUAUAGAUAGCAGUUCAGUUCUGGUCCAAUUAGGCCUUGGGCCACAACAUUACUACUGUAACUUCCAUAGAUCUCUGGGCUUGUUCAAAGUUAAGUUUUAUAGCUUUCAUUUAACACAGCAUAUUACAAAACGCCUAUUGCAAAAUAAUGAUCAUGAUCAUGAGAUACACUUCCUCAGAUAACCCCUCUGGCAUGCUGUUAAUGCUUGAUGAAGUACAAACACUAUUAAAACCCAGUAAUACCCCUCUCACAGUGCUGUAUUCAUCUUCAGCGCUCUGCAGAAAUGUCUGCACAUGGAGGAGCUGUCCGUCUGUCAGGCUAUUCGUCUUUCUGAAACUAUCCUCUCCCAGGUUGGCCUCAUAUGACCUGCUGCUCCUCACCUCCCGUUCCUAUUGGUACCACUGUUUGGCACAGCUUGUGGACAGACCAAACAGACUGGGUUGAAAUACAUAGACAUGAGGAAAUACACAUUCUUCAAAUACUUUUUGUAAAACAUACACACACACAGAGACAGAUUGUAUAUCGUGCGUUUAGCGAGUCCUGGCCUGCCGUGUUGUCAGUCUGGGCUAGGGGUAUGAAGACUAGCUAGUUGUUGAUGGUGUCUGGAGGCAGGAGCUGGGCUGGGGUGAGUGAGUGAGACGAGGUAGACAGGUUUUGGCUAUCUGAGCUGGGUCUUGAGUUUCCGUCCCUCAUUAUGUUUUCAUGGUGCGUACACGAGCCAGCUGCCCACAGUCAUCAGCCAGCGGGAGGCUUAAACCAUCAGCUGAGGGCAAGUAGAGGCAAUCUGUCAAUCCAAUCUAAAGCUAUUGUCUGUCAAUACAAAACAGCACUUUACUACCACAAUAAAGACGUUCAGUGUGAUAUCGGUCUUUCAGACGCAGAGCCUGUUGUAGCGUCGUGCUAACCCUGGUGUUACUUUCAUCCAGCGGGAGCUGGGCGACACCAGCGACACAUAGACAAGCUUUAGAGGUUUCUACAGUAAGUCCCUGUUGAAGACCGUUGUUACCAGUCUGUAAUACCAUUAGCCAGCUCUGUUGUGGCACACACUGUGGAAUUCACACAUGUUAGUUUGAACACAGUUCCUUUUUAGGGUGUUUUUGCCCAGUGAGUGUCAGUAUGAUCAGAAUCCUCAAGAAAAAAGGCAAUCUUCAAUAUAAAGCAUACAUGUUGAUGAUGACAUACAAUAGUGUCUGUCUGUCUGUCUGUGGCCCACUGCCCCCCCCCCCCCUUCUGUAAUAAUGUACCUUUGCCCUGAGUUGACACUGCGACCUCAUCUGUCAGUCACACAGGGACACACAGGAGGGCACAGCCCUCUCUCCUGUUACUCUGACAUUUGUCAAUCACAAUCACACACAGCUGAUACUGAUACAGUAGGUCAACCUGGGGUCAUGACUUUGACAUUACGUGUAUCCACUACGUGUGGGAUUUGGCAAGGUCAUUUCUUUGUGUGUGUGUGUGUGUGUGUGUGUGACCAUAGAGUCAUUGGGGCAAACUGGAUGGAAACAUUGGGCAACGAUCUGUGUGACCUCUCAUAAACAGUCUGUCCUGUACAAUUACUGUAGGGAGCCAAUCAAAGAGGAUGAUCUUGAGGUUCUCAGCUCAUAAACAUUUACUGCAACACUGUUUCUUGUGCUGAGUAGUCAACAUGUGAUGGGCCUUUAAACAAUCCAAGGUGUCUCUGUGUGUUUGGGUGUGUGUGGGUGUGUGCAUGCGUGCACACGCGAUGUGUCUGUCUGUUUACCAAUGUGUGGGUAGUUGUGGAAGCUCAUUGGAAGGCCAGAUUACAGAAAAUGAGAACAGCUCCUUCCCCAGCAGCACAGAUCGACUUGGGCACACAAAAUGUUAAAACACUCAUAUACAUCAAACCCCCCAGCUUAGAGACUUAUUGCAUGGCUGGGAAUCAUUAUUGUGUAGCGGAUACAAGUUGUGCCAUUACCUACGCCCUGCAACUUUCAGCUAAAUAAAUUCCCAAUGAGCUCCCAAAGAAAAGCUUAAAUCUAUAUUUAAUUCAAUUAAAGCUGGUUGCCAUUUAUCAUCUUUACUGGUUUUAAUAAAGCCUAUUAUAUACACAGUAAAUUAUGCAUGCUCCCUGCGAACUCUGGGAUUCAGUCACUAAGGUCACAUGUAGGAUACAAUCUACAUAGAUGGGCCAGUCCUCCUCUGUGUGGUGGUGGUGGUGGCGGUGAUGGUCGUGGGGGAUAGUGAUUUGGCAUAGAAAAGGCCAGUCACUGAAGCCUGCUGAUCUCUGUGGCCUCUGAAAGAUUAGUAUUGAAGACAUCCAUUAGAGCAGUAAUGGAACAGUACAUGUCUCCCCACCACUCCUAAUCAAGUCUAAAAUCUUUAGUACGACUCAUACAUCUCUGGCUACGUCUUUGUGAUGAUCUAAUUUCCUAAAUUAAAUAUGUAAUUUAUUCAGUGGACGAGAUACAUUUACAGCAGAAGUGAUGGUAUCAUCAUCCACUCAACCAUGUCCAGUGAUUCACUGUCUGCAUGGGGGAAUACUGUGUAGAGAAGCCCAAGUCUUUUAAAGUGCUGCAGUGUCAUUGACUAAACGUACACUUGGGUUACGUCACAGGCUUGGUUUAUUCUGGCUCCUGGACAGCAAAGAAUCUGUCUCCGAAUGAGAUUUGAACCACCUUUUUGCUUCAGUUAACCCCCGGUACAGAUGAGGAGGGUUUGAGAGUAGGCAGUGCAGGUCUGUUCGACGUGAUAGUCCUGAAGAAAUUGAAAAGUGAUUUGAAUAUGAAUCUGACAGGCUAAUGCAGCAAUAUCGUAGGAUAAGUAAUCUCGUCGCCAAGCCAUAAAAAAAUGAUACCGUCCUGAAAUCCUUAUAGAAUCUGUAUCCUCCCGACUCAAUAUAAUAGAUUAGAUUACAUUAUCCAAACUGAAAUCAUAUGAUUUCCUAUCAUAUACCAUAUAUCCUGGCAGAAAGUACAUACCUUAUGAAAAGACCCCUAUGGAAUAGAAAGUAUCAGAGUAAUGCUGACAUUGAGAAUUGUCCUCCCAGUGUAGUGAGUGUACCCCCUUUCUGACUGGGUACCCCUCUAACCCCCCUCUCUGGUCUCAUCCCUCAGGAGGAGAGCUGGUGCACCUGCCCCCGUACCUACGCAUGGACUUCCUGUUAAACCGUGGCUCUGCGUCGGGAGGCCGGGGGUCCAAUGGUGGUAACGGAGGAAGAGAAGGAGGAGGAGGGGAGGCAGGGGCGUUGGGCCAGGCAUGUCUGGAGCCCCAGAAGAGCCGCACCCUGAAACGGCCCCCGCUCCUGGAGCCCACACCCAUGGAGGUGCCCACGUCCAGGGAGGUGCAGCAGUGGCAGCCAGAGACUGCCUCCACACUGCCCCAGCGUGAGCCCACUGGCCGUGAGGCCACAGGAGACCUGGCCCAGGCGCAGGCCGCCAAGCUCAGCAGCUCACAGGAGUCCCUGCUAGACUCCAGAGGACACUUAAAACAGAGCAACAACCCCUACGCAAAGUCCUACACACUG